GAAACAACAGUUGGAUGUGAUGAUUUAGAUAUGAGCAGGCUGUGUUUUUCACUUUAGAUUUAGAUGAACGUUUUCUCACAAGAGGCUUGUAUUUCAUUAUUUUGCGCACAUUUUCAUCACCCCAUUUUAUCCCACCGUCAACACCGACCGAAAACAUGCAGAAACCGUGUCGGAUUAUUGAACAGAUGAAGGCUGGUACACAGUGAGGGGCUGAGGGAGAGGAGCCUCGUGCCGAUUGGUUUCAUGAAGAUGAUGUGAGGAGAGCGGGGCCGCUCGCGCUAUAAAAGCAGCGUAUGUGCGCGCGAGCGGCUCAGUGAUCGGGAGAGGACUGUAGCAGCUGGUAAAUCCACAUCCACCUGAGCGGAGAGACGCACAGAGCCGCACAACGAGCAGCCAUGAGCGAGGUAGGAGCUUCACCUCUCUCUUUAUGCUUCAUUUACCCCUCCUGUAGCCGUUAAAACUGAUACAACAGCUGUACUGUGGAGGUAAAGAAACUGUAACAAAGACUGAGGACGUUUUUGGCGCUUUUAAACGUCGCGCUUUUAUGAAUAACUUUAACUCUUAGCAGCUUCUACUUCAGCUUUUUCUGCAUGCAAUAAACCCUAAAAAAGGCUGAGUACAUAAGUGCAUUUUUCCUUAAAAAUCAGCCAAAGUGCACACAACUCCAAUAUUAAAAGUGCUUUCAUGUUUCUGUUCUGGUGUGCAUCUACAGCAAAAACUGCAUAACACACUCUAAAAAAAAAAAAAAAAGAAAAGAUGAUUUUGUGUCAAAACUGCGACUUCAAACGACAGUCAACAGUGUGUGGGAUCAUUAAAUGCAUCUCUCAUGGUAGUAGUGAUGGGGAUUCUGGCUCCUUUUAAUGUUCAUCUCAUUAAAUCGAGCCCAGCUCUGAGAGGCUGCGCUUUUUGGUUCCAAACAGCUCCUAAUUAUCAGUAUUAUAAGCUUUAUUUUAGACAGGUUUGACCACAAAAAACUUGAAUUUUUUUUAUCUUUGUCCCAAACUUAUUCAGUGAUAGGAUUAUAUGCACAUUUGCAGCAGGUUCAGGGUUUGCAGAAACAUGAAUCACACUUGCAUUGCUACUUAAAUUUUUAGUAAAUGCAUCUCAUUUAAAGUUUGAAUGUCUCUUUGAAUGUUUUUUUUUUUUUUUGAUUGAAAUUGUUUAUUUGAUCAAAUAUACAUACAGUACAAUUUUAGACAAGAAAUUUCCUAUUUUUUGGAGAUCGAAAAGGAGCAGGUUGAAGCUGUUUAGCUUAUAUGUACCUACCCUCAUUCCUUCCUAUUGGUUUACCCUUUACAUGUCUCUAGAAUUUAGAAUUUCUGAUGUUUCCAAAAAGUAACCAAAGCUCCAAAGUCAUGUUAACCCAUAUUGCACUAUUGUCAUGCAAUAACACCAUCCUAUCAUCGGCUCAGUGUUCAUUAAAAAAAUCUAAACAAAUUGGCUCUUAAAUGGGAUCACGCCUCUUUCAUUCACUUGAAAAAGCCGUCUUGUAGCUCGAGCUUAUAAAUCCAACUCAUUUCACUGAUUUGAAAAAUGUCUUUCAGUGUUUUCACUUUGACAUUUCUGAGUAAAGCUCACUCCAGCAUGAACACAUGCUGCAUGAGGCAGAGACAGCACUGACCCACACAGUUAGUCCACACAUCACUUCAUGAAGCUCAGACGUUCUAACUCGCAUGUGGGCUGCCGAGAGGUGAUGAUAAUGUCAGAGCGGAAAGAAGCGGAGACCCCAGUAAGAGUCCUCUCUGAGAGACGCUUCUCUGGCAGCGAGCACAUCCUACAGUCACUGAAUUAUUCAACACCUGCUGCUAACCCCGAGAAAUAAAACAUUCUCACAGGGUGCAGGGGGAGCCCUGGUGCCUCGAGUCAGACCGCUUCAGGAGUCUGUUAAGCCUGAGGAGCUGCACUGACUUACAGCCGAUUAUAUACCGAGUAAGACUGCUUUAAUCUGAGUGCUGCUGGACAUGUAGAGCUUUGGAUGAGGUCCAUUCCUGGUAGCUACAUGUUCUCUCCCUGCAGCAUGAAGCUCUGCCAUGGAGCUUCAUUAUAUAGCUGCAGGAUGUUUUUUGCAUUACAGUAUUUUUCACUGCAACACAUUUUUAGCAGUUCAUUACUUAUAGGGUACUUAAUGACCUACAAAGAGGCCUCGCAGUUACUUUGAGCAUUAAGGACAUGCAGUGAUCAGGGGUGAGGAUUGACGCGUGACUCACAGAAGGGGGCAACCGGAUUUGAUACAAUAUGAUAUGUCAUUAUGUGCGAUACAUGGCCCACAAUAUUUUCAUGAUACAAGUAUACCGCAGUAACAUACAAUAUGUAUAGCAAAGCAACUACACUGUAAAACAUGUAAAAAAAAAAAGAGAAUUUCUUAAAAAUGAUCAUUUAGUAAUGCAAUUUAGUGCUUGAAUAAGUGAAACCAGCUGGUGAACAUAAUAAACUGUCAUUGUCAUUUCAAGGAAUUUUCCGGCCACAAAUUAAGUUUGGGUCAAACACACCGUAACACCAAGUUUAGACACCCCCUUCGAGAGAUGAAUGUUGCCAACAGCUUGCUUCUCUAGUUAUACCAAAUUUAGUAACGACCACACGAUAGCAAUACACAGUGGUCUGGGGAUCAACAUGCAGACCUCAACAAAACAGCCACUCUAUAGCCACAAGUAAUGCUCAGAACAGCACCUAAUUUUACACCGAAAUAUCCCUUGAAGACUAGUGCUGAGCGAUAAAACGAUAAGAUUUAUCAUGAUCAUUUUUUGAAAAUUUAAACAACGAAUGUUUGAUAAAAGCUUGAUAGAUUUAAUCCUUUAAACACACCACCCAAACUCUAAAUACUGAAACACUAGUUGCCACCCAUUAUUAUAGAACUGAAGAAGAUAUUGGAAAAUGUGUAUAAGUGCCUGCUCUGUCAUUUGACAUGGCAGUACUAGAGAUGCACCGAUCCUGUUAAGAACUUUAUUAAUCCCCAAAGGGAAAUUCAUUACUGUUGAAUGAAUGAACUGUACACCUUGCCCUGUGAGUGAAGGCAUCAGGCUUGACAUUAGCCUUGUUAAAUAAAAGGUAACAAAUUAAAACAUAUAUAAAUUCAUCAGAUCAGUCAUUCAUCAGAUAUCCGAUCCAGUUAAUUUAUUCAUAUCGGAGCCGAUAUUCGAUCCAAAUAUCGGAUUGGUGCAUCCCUAGGCAGUAGUUGUUGUCCACCAAGUGACUUAGACUCAUCCAGUUAUUUAUUUAUACACAUUACUAUGGUGUUUAGCCCUUGAUAACAAGUUAGCUAAAGCAAUAUUUUAGUAUUUAUUAAGCAUUCAAUUCUGACCUGAGAAGCAUUUGACAUUCGACCUGACUUUCCAUGUGGACAGAAUAUGAACUCACCAAAAUUGGAAGCUGGCAUCAUUAUCCAUUGAGUUCAUAAAUGCAGCAUGAGAGACUGUUGGAGCGUAAUGAAAAGACAGGUGAAAUGAGCAACAACAACACUAAGGUAAUGCAGCUAAACCCACCUGCUCAAAGCAAUGUGAAAACAUCAUGCACAAGAAAGGGAACUCAGCGUCAUUGGUUUGGAAAUAUUUGGUUAUCUGGAGUCCAACAGAGACGUAUGCUAGAGAUGUGGAAGCCAAAAUCAAUUGAAAUAUCAUUUGUGAAAACUAGAGCUGGGCGAUAUGGGCUGAAAUUAAAAACUCAGAUUUCUUUUUUACAGAUUUUUCCUUUUCUCAUAAAAAUUAAAAAUGUGAAUUACAUAAACCUUACAAAACCACAAAUGUGAUUAAUCGAAUAAGCAAACAUUUGCAUCAUUGCAGAAGACUUGCCUCUCAUUAGCACCAUCUUACAUGAGACUCAUCAGGUUACUUGAUCCCAGAUAUAAGCUAACAAUCUAGUGUCUUCAAACUUCUUAAUAAGCAAAGAACAGCCUUUAAAUUUGAUAGAAAUGAUAAUUUGAUUUUGAAAAUUGAUUGAGAUUGCACUUUUUGGAUGCAGCAGACCAUGGCACCACUGCAUCCCCAAAUGAGUGAAACUCCCUCUGCAGACUCGAUUACAUCCUCCAUCUUUCUUCUUAUUUCAGCUCAAAAUGCCUUUUCCUCCUUUUCUUCUUUCUUCUUUUUGGUUUUAAAAGUUAUCCCACUAUCCUUUUCUUGAAUUAUGCAGCCAUCAGCUUCUGCUUCAGCCAGUUUGCAUUACCCUCAUUCAUGUCAUUAGUUCCACUGUAUGGAGUCAUGAAACAGAAACACAGUGAGUCAAAUUUACAAGGAAAUCUGUUCAGAACACAUUUGUCCCCUUAAAAAAAUCAAUAUUUAGCCCUAGCAUAUUGAUCUGUAUCAGAUAGAUUGAGACAACAAUGCAUUGCCUUAUCAAUAUUUUUCUACCCCUUGCGGUGUUUAAUGCUCUGCAUUUCCUGAGACCAUUAUUAUUAUUGCUGUGUUUCAUUCUCUGCCUUUUUAAUUAACUAUUCAUGUUCUCGCAAUUCCAAAUUAGAGAAUAAAAACUUGCACAUAAGCAGUCAUACCAAGGCACUCAAGCACACAUGCAAAACACACAUAGUGCCUUGGUAUCUGUUCUUUAGGCAAAAUAAAUCAAAUCAUGAAUAGAAAAAAAAAAACAAAAACAAUCUUGACUCGUGUAGGUCAAAAUUUGUUCAUUUGUAUGCGGAAAAAAUAUAUUUGUCCUCCAUAAUUGAUACCAGAGUACAGCAGCCCAGUUCUCUUGCAGGACACGCUCUUAAAUGAAAAGAAAAUAACAUAAAUCAAAUUGCCGCAGUACUCGCUUCGAGAUGUAAAUAAUGUUUUAAUCAGCGUGUAAACCGCUCUGCACAGCCGCCGCUGCAGAAGCGGCAGCCCUCAUGAAUCUUUCACUGCAGACUUGUGAUGUCUUUUUUUGUACACCGUCAUAAACACAAUACACAGGAUCAUGUUGGCGACUUCUUGCGCAGAGAGAAGGAAGUUGGAGUCUUAUAAAUAAGACAGGACACAGAGGAAAACCUGGGAUAUUCAGUCGCUGUCUUUCGUGGCAGUGAUGCAUUCGGGCACCUAUAAUGGGCCAAGGCCAAGACAAGAGUACGAUGCUGUGGAUGAAUUAUUCAACAGAAAUCAAUGGCAGCAGCCUCCAUCUACCUCCACCCUGUCCUGCUCUGCCUCAGCUUACACUCACACAAAGUUUUAAUGGGGUGCUCAUCUGUACAAUUGGUCCUCUCACAAAGAGGAGAGGAGUUUUAAAUUUCUGUUGGAUCACUAUGAGGUAACCUGUCAAGUUUGUCAAUUUGCAGACAAAAAAUUCCGAGAAAUCAUGCAGAUUUUUGACUGUCUCUGUGACCUCUAGAGCUUCUCUAAAGUAAAGUAAAUAAAAAAGCUUUUUAUGCAGACGCACUGAACAAAAAACAUCAUUCCAGGCAGGUACAGGCUGUAUGUUCUUAAAAAGACAUGCCCAGAAAAGAAGUGUUUCUAUAUAACUGUGUUAAACAAUCUAGUUGAUUCACUGCCAACCUGUGGCGGUUGACUUGAUAAAAUAUUCAGCAUCAAGCACAUUAGUGCAACGUUAUGGUUGCUUAAAUUUGCAGUGUUCUAAAAAUCGAUUUGAUUGUCCAAUUAAUAGUUAAACUGCGGCAGGAUUAAUGAAUAAGGAAUAAGAAUAAAGAAUGAGGCCAUAAGCAAGCCUCUGCAGCUGAUUCAUCUGUGCACAUAAACAUCAGGCACUCUGAGGUUCCUGUGGUGAAAGUAGCUUUAAUGUGUGGUCUGUCGCCAUAGUGAUGAACAUUUCUGCACUCACAGGCUGCACUGUCGAGCACAUCAUGACAACAUGGAGGCUGAAAUUAACAGUGUUUUUGAGGUGUGGGCUCUGGCUCAUGCAGGCUUCAUUUUAGUCAUGUCAGUUUUUUAUAUUUAUGAUGAGAUUUUAUACAAUCGGCCAAAUGAUUCAUUUCACACUGACUCUAGUUUAUUUUUUACGAACUAGAUCAUUUACUUAACUGGGGUUUGCUCUAUUGAAAAAGCACUUAUGAAGGUAUGACUGUACCAAGUUUUUCAAGUCCACUUUACUGUUGGAAAGAAAAUCAUGCAAAUAACUGAACACUUAUUGCUGGACAACCCUUAAUUGGCAUCAAUUUGAUGUAAAAUGAUUUUUUUGUGUGACAUUAGGUUUCUUUUGUCUCUUUUGUCUUCUUUUGUUUCUUUUAGAUCAUUCUAAAAUCUUCAGGUUUCAUAAGACAUGGUUGAUUUAAAAUGAAAAAAAAAAACAAGGUAACACUUUCUUUGAUGCCUAUCUCUAUAAUGCAUUAUAGAAAUAUUUAUAGUGCGUUAUAAUCACAUUAUAGCACUAACUAUAGUUAUAAACACUCAUAAAUGAUCAUAAUGCUUUAUAGCAAUAAUCAUAGCACAUUAUAAAGCUUUUUAUCAUGACUUACAAGGUCAGGUUUUAUAACUUGUUAUAACUGUUAACAACAGUUGCAUUGAAUUAUCUAUUUGGGCAUUAUUAGUGAGUUGUUAAAAGUUAUAACACAUUAUAAUACCUGACCUUGUAAGUCAUAAUAAAAUGCUUUAUAAUGCUAUUGCAUUAUGGUCAUUAAUGAGUUUUUAUAACUAUUGUUAUAUAGUGCUAUAACAUGAUUAUAUCGCAUUAUACAUAUAUUUAUAAUGGGUUACAGAGAGGCUUCAAAUUAAGCGUUACAAAAAACAAAAAAGCAAGCAUAUUCAAAGUAUUUUGCAGUUUGUCUUAAGAAAGACUACACAAUACAUGAAACUGUUGAUUUGUUAAAAAAAAAAACCUUCACGAGCAACAAACAAUUUUACAAUCAGCUUGAGCUCUUUAGAGCAACUGUUUUUUUUUUCAUCAUUAUUUGGAUUAUUUGGAAAUGUUUGGGAAAAAGUGGGUGCCCCUGGGCUGGUGGUUUCAGCCCGAGGCCCACUUUCGAUUCCAGUUUCCCUUUUCUGCAGGUCAUCUUCUGCUCUUUUACUGUUUUCAGAUCCAUCCAUUGUCCUGUCCUCUCAAAGCAAAGUAAUAAAAAGCCAGAAGGAUGAAUUAAAAUGAAAAACUAGGAUUUCCACAUCAAAAACAGUACUUGACUUGUUUCUUCCUCCAUUAUGUUCAAACAGCUUAAUGCACUUAACUGACAAUACUGUGUAGCUACCGAACAUAUGGAGGCUUACUCAUUAUUCAACAAACUGAAUUUCAACAUGUGAAGCACGCUCACAAAAGUAUCUCUGUGGACAUUUGGCCAUACAGGACGAGGCUCAAACUACUUAAUGCAGAACUGCUGCAACAAGAGACCUGGACUAACAAUAUUUCAGACUCACACACACACACACACACACACACACACACACACACACACACACACACACACACACACACACACACACACAGUACAUUUACAUGCAGAUCAGGUGCAAUUAUGGUUACAGCUCGAUAAGGUGCUUUAACUGGACUGCUAUCUUUGUCUCAGUCUACAAGAUCCAAGCAAGAAUCGAAUUAUUGACAAAGUCAUUGUUCACCUUCACAAUGGUAGGUAGCGAUGUACCCCCUUUCAGCUUGUUGCAAUGGGGCCGUCCCCCGGUUGACCUUUAAGGCAAUGUACCAAAACAAUCGAAAAACACGCGAGCAGGAGGCUAACUGCUUGUCGAACAGUAAAAACCAUAUGAUCCCACCCCUGUUCUUGCUUUCCUUCUGGCGAGCUCCUUUUUGUUUCUGUAUGUCACCCUAGCUAAGCUAAGACUAGUUUUAGUCUGACUGAGGUGUAUACAAGAAGGAUCUGUAUUAUCUAAAGCCAGUCAAUAUUGUUGACAUGAUAAUGUUCAGUUUUCUUCUCACUUGUUCUUGUUGGAAAGAAAGAGCUUGUCCUCGUGGUUGGAUGUCAGUUAGAAACCACAACAAGGUCACAAUCAGUCUGAAAGCAGACAUGCAGACAUCCUGGUGCACCAGCUUUGUCAGUGUGGGAAAUUUCUCAGCAGUUACUUUCCACUACUCUUUCAUCUUCGUACCUGAAAGUGGGAAAUUUUCUGCAUAGAGUUUUCAACCGCUUUGUCCACACCAUUGAUGGUGGGUGUUGUGUAUCAGUCCCUGAAAAGAAAAGCUACUGUGGAGAUGUGCUACAGACCUGGCUGAACAACACCUUCAGACCCCUUUAGUGGCUUUACAUUAAAACAUGCCUUAAACUUAAAACAGCACCAUGAUAGCUGAAUGUAAUUUUAAAACCUCUACCUGAUAUGAUUUAAAGAAAUACAUGUUUGAGAGUGUUGUCAACAUUCAAAUGUUUCAUACUGGAUUUAUUGGUAACAUCCCAAAUUUAGAGUUUUGAUUCAAACCAGAAAGCACUCUGAAUGCAAUUUGCGAGAUACAGUGAAACUGCUACUCAGAAAAAACAGAUGGACAGGUACUCCAUGGCUAAAAUGUAAUGCUGGUAAUUGGCGUACAUUCAAGAAAUCCUGUCAAAAAAAAAAAAAAAUCAGGGAGGACCUGCCUAACAUCUAGUAACUGGGCACUGGACAGCAUCGAGUGACAGAUGUUUCAGUUAAAUGAAUCCAGACAGUUUGGGCAGGAGGUGGUGAAAUUAGACGAGCUGUGUGUGCACCUCUGGUAGAUGUUGUAAAGCCACACUGCCGCUUUUAAUUUCAGGACAUAGGACUCAAAUUUUGAACACAGUUUGUGUUCUCCAACUUUAAGAAACUCUAAUGAUGCUACAGGGAAUCAAUCUUUAUUAAGAGAAGAUUUAAUUCAACAUGAGUCUGAGAACAGCUGAAUUGCAAGCCUUAUUUGGCAUGUUUGUAAUGCAGACACACCGUCAUUAGCUGCAGCUUCUGUGCUGUUUGGCUUACACAAUGAUCUGGAGACUUACUCCUCCUCUGCCUCAGGUUGUUCAACAAAACUUUAAUUAGAUGGCAUACAGCAGUGGAGCUCCAGCCAAGAAAUGUCACUUCCACUUUUCAGAUUUUCAGCUAAAGAUAAUGAUUUCCUCCAAACCCCAGUACCAGCUGGUUUCACACCAGCAGAUGCACCAACACAGCAUCCUGCGGGCUUUGCAGGCUAAGGUGCUAACUGUAUAAUUAUGGCAUGAGCUACAACAUGCUGUUUGUGCUGUUUGUCAUGCAGCAUGUUUUUCCUGUCCUCUUUAGGCUAUAUAGGUGGAAAUUCAAGUAUCCCAAACAAGCAAGGCUAUUGAUAGGGAGGCUCCAAUCAGCUGUGUUGGUCCCUGAUCCUAUUCUUUUAAUGAUGAGCACCAAAGCCCCACCUUCACACUUGUACUUGCCAAGAUCAUAAAACUGCACACCAUUUUUUGGGGGUUGUUUUGUGUCCAGAGGUGGUGAAAACCUCAGUUUUCUACAACAGAGAAAGGCUCAGGGUCUAAAGUAGGGCUCUGGAUUAAGGAUGUCCAGAUGAUAAAAAAUGAGUCAGGGACGAUGAGAGAUGUUCACUGAGAUGUAUCAGGGACAAAAUGUACUUUUGUAUUUGUAUGAUUAUAAUAUUAAGUAUAUGUAAGUUACUAUUGCUAAAGAAAUUAAAACUAAAUUGUGAACUGAUAUAAUUAAAACACAUCUGUUCAUAUGAAACAUUUACUUUCCUUCAAACUAAACCACAGCCCCUCAGCAGAUGAUACAUUUUUAUACAGUGUGUAUGACUAGAGCUCACUCACUAUUACUGGGUUAACUAUUAUCAUAAAUAUCUCUGUUCAUCCAAGAUUGCUGCUUUUUUGUGUAAAUCACCUGCACCUGCUAAUGAUGUCCUCUCCAUGGAUUUGUAGUCGUACAUCUCAGCCAAAAUGUCCACGUGUUGUAUCUGUACCUGGACUGAUAUGUUAGAUAAAUCUUGGAAAUUUAGCUCUGUGACCCUGCUAAAUUUGCCCUCAGCUCAUUGGAGGCCCCACAUGGUCUGGCCUAGAUUGGAUUUUGAAGAGCUCCUGGUGGGCUCCACAGAGGGCCUGUAUUCUACAAAUUAAGCCUCCUUUUGACCUAUCUAGUACCCAUACAUGCUGUUUCAUCUUUCAUGUUUCUUGGCUGGCACCCCACUCAAGCAGGGCUGGAAGUGUCCAUUUUGGCCUACAUGUUUGCGUAUCAAUUACACUGAUUAUUUGAUAGUGUUAGUAGGGAGAGUCUUUAAUUAACCUUUGUAGGUAAAACCAAAGUUAAAAAAAUAUACUGCCAGAGCCUCACAGGUUGCACAGUUUAGUCGUGUUGCAGCAUCAUGUGGAGUUGGGUGAUUGUCUUUAACUUAAAAGCCACAAAUUGUAGCUGUUUUAUUAAUCAUUUUUAUUAAUUCUUUUUUUUUUUAUUUGUGUUGAGAUAUAAAGGGUUGUGGACACAGCUUAUCACAGCCAAUCAGAAUCCAUCUGUGCUGUUGCUGAGAGGAAAUGCUGUGCCUCCAGCUCUGUGAUUGGUGGUCCAACAGUCAAACUAUUGAAGGCAUGGUAAUAGUAGGUCAGUGACAGUAAAGUUGACCUUAUCAUCUCUCUGAUUGAAAUGACUGUUUUGUGAAUUAUCUUUGAAUGAUAAGUUGGAGUUACUCAGCAAAUAUAGACCUGCAGCUCAUCUUAAUUUGCUGUGGAAAAUGAAGGUUUUUGAGAGGUAUUUCAUCUGUAGCCAUAGCCACAGAUAUCUGUUAAUAACACAUUUAAACAUCAAUGGUGGUUUAUGUAAAACCAUGAUUAGAAGGGGUUGGGGGCCAGGUUUAAGAGCCACAGUUUGCUCCUGCUAUAUUGUAGGUCAGUGCUCAGUUUUUUCAGUCAAACAAUAAACACUAAAAUCAGCCUAUCUAAAAGGUUCAUCUGUUUGUUUCAACUUCAGCUGCAAAUCCAUGUUUUGUCUGAAGUCUUAGCAUCAGGAAGGGAAAAACUAUCAAAGCUUUCCAUCACCCUUUCACCCUGACAUGCCAAAGGGUCCUCAUUGAACAUUGAUCAGUAUGCACAAAGUAAGUAGGGCAGAGUUAAACCAAGAAGUCUAUCUGUGAUGUUGAGAGACGACCUCUCCAAAAGACGGUUGACGAUAUCUGACAGCGUAUGUUCUUUGCCCUGUCACCAAUUAACUUGGUGACGUUCAAGGCUGUGACGGACAAUCAUUAGCAUCGAUGGGAAGAUGGCUGAAACUACCAAAAUCAGACUUCCAGACAGGAUGUAGCCCUUAAAUUUUCCUGGCAUGUGAAGAACUUUUUGCUCCAUUAGUAGAGCAGACGGGAUAUUUGAUGUCAGGUUCAGAAACAUAUGACAGCUUUUAGAGAACAACUCCUCCUGCUAAAAGCUAAAGCUGUACACAAGAGGGAAUAUGGUUUUCUUGUAAUAUCUCUGCUGUUCUGCAGCAGAUUAAUGGAUGUUUACAGUGUCUGAUGUUAGAGUUUGUAGGAUCAAACCUCUUUCCUGAAUGGUUCGUGGCUGUAAAGCACAUCCAAAAUUGUAUUUUGUAAUUACUCAAUCAUCUGUAUAAAAUCUGAUUGAAUGUGAUUGUUGAAAGAUUGCCAUACGCAGUAUUAAAGUGGACAUCCUGUCUUAGUGACAAGCUGUCCUUCAAUCACUGCAUCAACACAAGAGUGAUCUCCUGCUGUGUUCAUCCCAUUCUUUAAUUACAGAGAGAGUGGUUAACAUGGUGGCUACUUGGCAAAGCUGUUUGUUUCAUCAUCCAAAGUGGACUGGAGCCCUUUUUAUCAAAUUAAUGAGAUAAGAGUGCUAAAAGUUGCUGAUCAAUGUAAAAGGACAGAAAGCUGAGUUGGGGAAAGUGGUCAAGGAUGGGUUUUCCUUAAAAGUCUCUUUUGCUGACUUAAGACUGAUCAAGUGAUUGAGAUCCAACCACAGUGGUGAUAAGAGGGAAACUGCAGCUCUGUUAGAAAAUGUCCUCUCACUGAAAUAUAAACACGAUUUAAUCUGAGAUUUGCUGUUAUUUGUACUGAGGCAUGUUGUUUGACCCUAAUCCUGCUUUAAACAAUGAACAGAUUACGCUGAAAUAAUCUGUAAUCCAACUAAACAGUCAGCAGGCUCUGGUGGUGCCUUCAUUCGCUGACACUUGCCCUCUGGGGUAAUCCUGGCUUCUGCCGGGUGUUUUGCAGGAAAAACAUCAGGCAGUGAGGAGUGGGAAGUGGACGGUCAACACAAGAGAAGAUAGAGCAGAUUACAUUUAAACCGCCAAGACAGGAUCAUUGCUGUAGUAGCAUUAUAAGCUUUGCAUUGAACCUCAACCCCGAGGCUCGUAAAAUGUCACACAUCAUUUGCCUUCAAUAUGGCUGAGGGAGAGAUGUGGCACUACUUUCUGCCUGAUGCGCGAAUACAUUGUAUAAUGCACUCACUGCAAAAGCUCACUUCAUAGGCAGCAGAUUGGUCUGAUUCCUAAUCAGAAUAUUUCAUAUCACUCAAUAUAAAUCAUGUUUAGCUUCCUAUCACAUUUCAAGGAGAGGAGUAUAUGAUACUUCUAUGACAAUAAUUAUUAUUUUUUAAACAAAAGGUGUUUAUAUCGAUAUUAGUGUCUGUAUUGGUCAGAAUAAGUGUCGGAAGUGGAUUAUUUUUUAAGUUAAAAUGUCUGCAAAGAGACAAGCAUCAAAACUUUAUGAAAUUAAGUAUUUACAUCCUGUUUCAACAUCCUAGUUAAAAACAAGCUUGCUUUGUCCAAUUUGUUUUUCAAUGAGAAAUAUCAUGCAGCUUUCAAUAAGAGCUGCACGAUUAUGAAAAAAACUAAUAUUGUAAAUAAUUUUCUUCUAUAUAAGUCUUGGGAAAUGAAAAACACAGGAACUGACCAGGUAAAGCCAAUGAAUUUUAAAGAGAAACAAAUAAAGCUUUCAAAGUCACAAUCGUAUUAUGAAUGUUUGGGGUCUCAUAGUCCGUCUUCUGCUGUCAAAUAACAUCAUCUCCCUCUUAUAUCCCUCGGAGGGCAGCUCUGACACCCACACAGAAAAAUAGAGAGGCAAAAGGCGGAGAGAGCACGUGUGGACAACACAUAAACUGUACUACUAGGUGAAAAUGACUUUCUCACACGUAAUCAGCCACUGUCUGAUGAAAAUUAUGUUUAAUCUGCAUCACAAGCCCCGUGACAGUUUCUUUUAAAUAAUCGAAAACUCGCACUCUUCCUGUGUGUUUCAUUUUCAUGAGCGAAUUAGCAGUAAAAUAGUGUCAGAUAGAUGUGAAAAGUAGAUUAAUCCUGGUAAGCAUCAUGUGCUCCAGGUCAUUAGACUGAGAUGUAGUUGCAAUGUUCAAAGGAUGUCACGUUCAGCUCUGGUAUAUAGACCUGAUAAUUAUUGGCUGAUGAUUGGGAAUACGUUAUAAUUAGUAGUAACAAUUAGUGGUGCAAUGAAUCAUUGUUGAUCCAUGAUCUGUAUGGAUGCCUCUCCACAGUUCGGCACACAUGUGGUCUGCAGAUUGGUUGAUAAAGAUAAAAGUUGUGCAUGUUCACAUGAAGGUCUCAUGAUCAAUCCACAUUCACUAAUCAAUCACAGCGGUGUUUGUGGCUAGCGGCGGAUCAGAGGAACUUGAAAAACCUCCUACAUCAUUUUAGUCGCAUGUAUGGGAGCAUUUUGGUUUGCCUGUAAAUUACAGUAAUGAGCAGGGCUCCCAAGUCUCAUGCAUUUUAACAAGUUCACACGCCACACAUGAUAUUUCCCAUGCUGAGAAGUGUUAAAACUCACUGCACACUAGUAACACUGUAUAUAGAAGAGAUUUGUAAUCUUAUGAAUGGAUUAGACGAGGGAAGGCAGACUGCUCUGCUUGAAUCUGUAACCUAUCAGCCAAUCAGAAAAUAGUAUUUAUUCUUGCCAGGUGAAAUAGCAGUGCCGUAAUCACAUCCUCCAUGCAUGUGAAUGCUGCUAUUGUGUGCACACGUCAAAGAAAAGCUGGAAGUGAAAGCCCGAAAUCAGGUAAUCACUUUAUUCCUUGAUUUUUUUUUUAAUACAAUAGCUAUUUAUUUGACUCGAGGAAGUGUGCAGGGUAUUUGCUUUGUGGAUUAUUUUUUUUUUAAACCUCAAUUUAAAUAUAAAAAUUGAGAGCCCUAGCAGGCAGUGUAGGAUGAGAAAGUGGGAUGAGAGUGGAAAUACAUUAAACAUGGCAACCCAUUUAAAGGAAAAGAAUUAAAUAUACCUUAAAUUCCUGACACAGUGGGUGGGGCUUUGCUUAUAUCAAGUGUAAAGAAAAAUUGUGAAUAUGAAUUACACAAAAACUUAAUGUAUGAUUCAAUAUUUGUAGAGGUCAACCUGCAAAAUUCAACAAAGUGACCAUAAAGACACAUGGAAGUAGAUGUAAAUUAAAUGUACUGUAAAUGUACAACUUUCUUGCCAAGUGGAAAAACUUUUUUGCAUGAUCUGGGUGUUUGUACCCCAGCCAAAAAAUACCCAAGAUUGCAUCAUGCGCAUUAGAGAAAACUGACAAAUAAUCUCCCCUCUAAUCUCAAACAUGCACAGACUCCAAGAUAAGAAAAUAAUGGCACAUCAGCCAGUAUGAGAUUUUGAUUAAGAUUAUCUGGUGUGCAACACAUCACCUCAUGUGAUCUCUUGUAAUCUCACGUGAUCUCACUGGGAAGCAGAUGUGAAAAAAAAAAAAAAAAAGGCACUGACGUCCGUCUGCUGUGCCGAUGAUUUCCAGAGGGAAAAAACUAAAGAAGCAUGCCGAACAGGUCCUGAUGAGAUUAAGAUCUGUGAGGUCAGUUUGGCUUGUCAGUUCUUGUGCAGAGCUGUGGGCAGGGUUGUACCAUUUUUUUCUUUGGUCAACAGUUGCCCGCUAGUUUGCAUCAGUCUCAGAAAAAAGAAAAAAAAAAUUAAACUUCGCCUCGAGCAAAUUGACUACAUAUCCUUCUUUGUGGUUUAGUCUCCCUUGGCAAGCACUGACCAAACCACCCUUACUCUAAAUCCUAUAAAUUAGACAUAUGUGGUAUUAUUUUGAGGCCUGAAUGAGUUUGUAAGCCAGACAGGGGUUAAAACUGGAUUUGGAGACCCCUGACAUUACCAGAAAGUCUGGACCAGAUAUUAGUGAAGGCUAAGAUUCCUGUCAAAAACCCUUGAACUGGUAAUUACUCUUCCCUGAACUUAAGAAGUCUGAGUUUAGCCCUGCCCUUGAGAGGAAGGGUAGGAAAGGGCAAUAUGGCAAAAAAACUGAAUCACUAUUAUAGUAGAAUCUCAAACUGUACUUGAUCUCUGACAAAAAAAACUUUUUAAACGGAUUUCAUCAAUAUUUUCCAAUUUGUAAAAAGUACAGCUGGCAGUAAAUGAUAUUAACAAAGACUGCAUUGAAACUCAGUCUUUGACUUCUACAGGUCUGGUACAGUUUAGGAUGAAGUAACACCUCCCCCCCAAACUGAAAAAAGUACUUUCCUUUGAUUCUUUUCCAGUAUGUUUCCGUUCACACUGUUGCCAUGGCUAAAAGUGCUGCACUGUUUCCCUAUGCAGUCAGCUUGCAUCUCCACUAGCUAUUGCUUUAUUCUGCCUGACAGCCCGCUGAUUGCAUGCUUGGCCAUCCUCAGGAUCCCCCCCAACACAAUGCAAUUUCUUUUUGUACGUAUCAAAUAUGUUUAAUAUUUAUAGUUUAAAAUGAGGGAGUCCUCGAUCGUCUCCCACACAAACUGAGGGAGGAAAAUGACUCUUAUCACACCUCAGGCCGCAGGCAAGAUAAUCUUCAGAACCAUUAGAUAAUCAUGUCUUUGCUGACGUCUGUCAGACGUGGGGAAGCAGGCCAAAUUUGGUAUGAUUAUCAUGUAAUGUUUGCUCUGCUUCAGGCAUCCUGGAUAGUGUAGCUCAGUCUUGAUUUUCCCAUUUCCUGAAGCUCUUUCUGAACAUAAAAAGCAAUAAAAACUCUUGAUUUACUGAACAAGAAUUGAGUCAAAUCUAUCAGAAAGAAUUAUAAACCAACAAAGACUCGUCCUUUCAGGUUAUGGCAGCCUGAAACCAACACAAACAAGGAAGUCACACUCAAUUGAGUGAGCUAAUUAGAGCAAUGAGCCAACAGGAACAGACUAAAAAAAGAAAACCUGGUGAGGAUAUCUCCUCCUUAUUAAUGGCUCAUUUUAAAAUCAUUGCCAUCUUUUUGCUGUCACCUCCCCAUCCCACUCAUCCCUCCAUCUGUGAGGAUGUACAAGCUGAGGUGUUGUAGAGAUUUUUAUGGACCUGCAGUACAGGGUGGGACGUGAGCUGGAGACAGUCCCCCUGGACUUCCCCACUUACAUUACAGCUAUGUUGUGCAGCAGAGCAGUAAAAAAGUUGCUUAUACCCCCUACUAAUUGUGCCUCCAGAGUGUUUAUAAUUGGCUUUAAAAAGACAGAAUAUUCUGUACGGUUGGAUGUAUGCUGCUGGGUGGCCCACACUCUUCUAAUGCAUGCUAAUGUUCUUUGGGGACAGCAUGCUGCUAUGCCAUUAGUUGUAGUUGAAUAACUCCAGCUGGAAGGCAAACUGUCCCUUCCUUACUCUGCAAUGCUGCUGUUGCUGCUGUACACGUUUAGGUGAGUAAAGGAAGUUACUGCUGGGCGGAGCGGAUCUGCUGAGAUUUUAAAGGGCCAUUUUUGCUUAAUUGCAAAACCAACACAUCACAGCCCAUUAACUCUUCAUGGUAUCACACCAGCCCACCAUCAACACCAGAAUGAAAUCCGUUAAUUAGACAGAAAAGUUGAAAAGGUUUUGCCAGUAACCAUUACAUGCUUGAUUGUAGCUAAGAUCACUUAAUCGCAGAUAAGUGAAAUAAACCCAGUGAAAUGUUCAAUUCAGGACCCUGUUUACACAUUUUUAGUUAACAUUGGUAGUAAAUGGGACAAAGGACAUAAUAAGCAGAAGUGUUUUCUAUAGUUAGAGAUAUUCAUCAUUUUACAUAAAAUGCAGUUUUUUUGGACCCUCGUCAAAGCUAACAAUGCUUUUGUUAUUCUUGCUAGUCUUAAAUUCACAAAGUGACAGGGACACUGGUCAAAAUGGUCGGUAUUUUCCUGUGAUUUGGUGAGGUAUGGGCCUGGGGAUACACUUGUCUUUCCUAUGCCAAAAUGUAUAUUUCUCAAAUCAGCAGAACAGGGAAGUGACUACUUGGAAAUAAGCCUCUAAGGAUUUCUCAAAACCCCCCAAUCUUACAAUCAGCCUGCGAGUUUAUAACUCUGUGUGAGCCCAUAUCAUUGUGAAUGUGCAGCUCGCAUAGAGACUGUGAAGCUAUUUGACUUAAUGUUAGCAUGGUUGCAUUAGCAAUGAUUAGCUUGCAUGCAAGAUCAGUUAGCUCUUUGUAAAGCUGUGUGUGAGUACAUGGAGAGAAACUGUUGCUUUCCGUGUCUUUAAUCAAGACAGUUUAUUAAAUGUACAUUUAGCCACUUCGGCUGAUACUACUUAAAGCUACCAGUGAGACAUUUUGGACUUCUGUCAACUUUGGCACCUCUCCUCUACAUCCUUAAACAGAAGGAAACAAAAAUCAAUAAUCAUGUUAUCAUUAUUUUAUUGUUGAUUUAUCCUUAAAUUCCCAAGGGACCCACUCAGAUGGAACUCACUUCAUUAAAAAGCUGUCAGCAACACUGAUUUUUUUAAGGAUUUUAGCCCAAGCUUUCUCUGGUGACAUCAAGAGUUGGGAGGGGGGCCAGUUUCAGUCCCAUCACCAGUGUCACCAUCUGUCAGGACGAGAAUUUGCAUUAGGUCAAUUAUCUUUAUGACCAGUUUAAGUUUCAGUUUUUUGACUUUAGUAAACCCCCUUUACAGAGAAGUGCCACUGCCCUCAACUGUGAAAGAACACUUGCAUUUAGAAGUCUAGACUUCGAAUAUCCGAUGAUCCUGCUCAAAGAUGCACUUGAAAGAAAGAAAGUCUGAUAAUCACGUCAGUACAGUGUUUAAACAAAAGGCAGGACAUCAAAGACAAUCCUGGAGCUAAAUUUGUAUAUGAUUUAUCUUUCAUUAGCCCCCAGUUGAUACUGCAUUUUCCCCUCUUCUUUAUCCUUCCUUCCUGAGAUUAAUACCCCACUUAAACUGAGUUCUCCGAGUAGUAACUCAUUUUAAGUAGUUAAUCCCUCACAGUCAAAGUAAUGAUGAAUACACAAGUCAGUUAGAUUUCACUUUCCAGGUCUUAUAGUGUAAAACAGCAGCCACAGUGGGCGAGAGGAGGAAGCUACCAUUAAUUAAUGCCACACAAACAUCCUCUGUCUUCAGCCCUUUAUGCAAAUCAGAGUUUGUUUAAUUUCCUUGAUAGCUGUCAUAAAAGCAAAAAUCAAAGAAUUAGCUCCUUGUUGGUGGACAGUUAAUGAGUUUUAGAUUGAGACAGAAUGACAAUGAAAGCAGCUGAGCCCUCAUUAGAUCAUCACACACAGAGAGGAUGAUGGUGUUCAUUAGACAGAUGAUGGUUCGACAGUGAAAUGGUGCAGAGUUUUGACAGCACAUUCAAAGUGUUUGAGAAAAAAGAUGCUGUACAGGAACGGAUUAAUGACCUACAGAUAAGUGUUUAAAAUAAAGUUAAAAAGUCAUUAUACAUAGGCAGCAGCAUUAUCUUCUGUUAUCAGUGUUAAACCUCUGUGAAACUUGGAGCAACAGUGGUUAAACAAGACCAUGUGUAGCUUCAUAGCCCCAUACUCUUGUUUCUAAUAUGUUUCAUUUUGAAUUUUCUAAACACUUUUUUGUUACAUAUUUGAAAUACUCUGCUAUGGUUUAAGUUAAAUUAAGAUACAUGAAUGUGCUCAUGUACUUGAUGCCACCCUCGCACAAGUUGGUGCCCUAGUUCGGCUACCCUAGUCAAAAAGGUCUGGACACGCUUCUGCUCGUCAGUGCGCUGUCCAGGUACUUUGUAUGGCAACAGAUGGAUCAGUGCUGAAUGGAGAGUUCUAUUUAUGAAAUAGAUAAUUAUGUAAUAUGGAUGCAUGAUAUAAUUGAUAUGAAAUUUGUAUUGGCAGAUAACUAAAAAAGUGAGUUAUCUGUAAUGGCAAACACACUGCAGUUGCAUUGCUGUACGUCUAUGUAAAAAAAAAAAGGAAAAAAAGAAAAGGAAAAAACAACAAAACAUUGAUCAUACUGUCACAAUUUGAGUUACAGGUAAAAUCUAUUUCACAAGAAAUCAGGUGCUUCUGAAAAAAAAAGAGUGUGUUUUUAACAGUAUCAAUGUCAGUAUCGCCCAAAAUGAUUUUGAAAAUAUCGGCAAAUUGGAUAUUAACAAAAAUCCAAUAUCAUGCAUCCUUUUUAUGCACAUCAUUACAUAGUUUGUAUUGUGCACUAUCCAUUGAUAGUAGACAGUCUUCUAUUUUUAUAAUCAGCCUCAUUUGCCUGUGCCUUAGCUGAUGAUGAAUAGCUAGUGAAAAAGGAUCACUAAAAAAGACACUUUUUACUAUCUGCUAUAUUUUCUUGAGUUUAAUAUCACUAUAUAUAUAUAUAUAUAUAUAUAUAUAUAUAUAUAUAUAUAUAUAUAUAUAUAUAUGUGUGUGUGUGUGUGUGUAUGUAUGUAUCAACAAAUGAAAAGAUAUCACAAUAUUAGUUUUUUCUCAAAACUGUGCAGCCGUAAAUUCCAUCAUAUCCUCAAACUGUUAUAAAUGGGAUUUUAACACCCUGUUCUAAUCAGGGUUUUGAGUAACACUGGGUUUUUUCUAUUUCUGGGACAUAACAUGCUGAAAAAUCAGGGUACGUUGUGCAUCUGUGUGUCUGUUUGCACACAUGCACAAAACUCGUAAGUCUUUAAGGAAUUUGUGGUUUAGAUGACUGCAUGUGUGAAUAGUAACACAAAUUUUUCAACUGUACUUGCAAUUUUUCCUGCCAACGCUUCUAAAAGUUUUCCAAGAAGUUGUGGUGAGCUGGUGUGAGAACAAAACAGGAAAUAUGCAGGACAAUUUGCAAUGAGUGGGGAGGUGAUGAUAUUUAUGCCACACGACUGCUACAAGCCCAGAGGAGCAUCAUGUAGCAGGAUGACUAAACACACCUGAAGCUACAAAAGAGUAAUUUUCCAAAUAAAAACACAGAUCAUGUCUGCACAUCCAUCCUCUCACAGGGCUCUGUUGCUUCAUCCACCAUCAUGUUGUCAUUUUUACACUAUGGCUUUCACAGCCUGCAUUUGUCAUCAUGUCCUGCCUCCCAAGACUCUCCUGCCCACCUACCAGCCUCAUCUGGCAGUGAAGGCUUCACACUGUGAAGGAUUAGGCUGGGGUAGCAGGAACCAGUUCCAACUUGGGACUGGUUCAAAAUGUCUGAGAUUCAUGGAUUCAAUAAGGUGCAUGAAUUUUUCAGUUCCACAUUUCAGUUCUCAACAGCAACAUCAAUCUUCCAGGAUUAAAUUUAAGAGAGAAGUGCAGUCGACAGAGUCAGGACCUGCUCUGCUGAGGUGAUACUUUAUCAUUUGUGUUGCAGUUUUAGUGCUGCUCAAUUAGGCCCCCCAAAAAAUAAAAAUAUAGUUCAGAUUAUUUUGAUUGAUAUUGAUUUCACGAUUAUUAAAGGGUAACCUAAUUUUACACCAGCAUCACACUCAUGUUAGCAACUUCAAAUCUCCUCCUGUAGUCGGGGCAAUACAACAGGCAGCAUAAUAAUCGUUCAGUAUUGAUUAUCAUGAUUGUAUGAUUGUGGGGGCCAAAAUAAUAACCAAAUUGAAAUCUGAAUAAUUGCCCAGCUCUACAGUACAUUAACAAAAUUGUGAUAAGAGCAUCACGGCAGACUGCUUCAUGUAAUCACACGUUUAGCUUAAUUUAAGUGAAAAGGUAAAUAAAGUGCAACGGGUGUGUCAAGACAAGUCAUACAAAGAAGGUAGUUCAUUCAGUAUGAUGAGGCAUUUACUCUGACCAAGUGUUAAUGUGAGGAAGGGCACAAUAUCUGCAGUCCUCUGCCCAUGACGACAACUCCACCACAGCUGGCAGUAUAAGUAAGGCAGUAUAAUAAAAAGAAAAGGGAAGUCCUCGCAUUUAAACAAUUUAUUUUUAAGAGCUCAAAUGUCUUGAUGAUGAAAGCAGGCCGAUAUUUGUUCCCGAAUUACCCUCUCUUUUCUUUCUCUAAAAAUAAUCACAAAUUGAGAACUGGAAUCGAUUACCGAAAUUGCUAAAAAUGAAAUGGCACCCAGCACUAUAAGGUAUAUGUGUGUACAAGCAGUGAAAGACUAUUUUGGAGUAGAGCUUUUGGAAAUUCCCUGGCUGUUUUAAGGGCUAACAUAUUUGUUAACAGUUGAAGAGACCACUGCAAAAACUCAAUUCUUAGUGUUUUAUUACUUGUAAAAAUUGUCAUUUGGGGUUUAAUUUAAUCCACAGUCAGCUGACAAGUCCAGAAAAAAUGACUCAUUUUAAGACAUUACUUAAAAAAAAAAGAGUAAGACCCAAAAUGUUCAAUGAUCCAUCCGCCAAUGAAAGAAAGUGAAAAUACACUUUUCAAGUUUCAAAAAUUCGAGUUGAAUUUCUUAAGGUGAGAAAAAGUUUUAUUGAAGAGGUUGACAUGUAGACUUUUCUUCUCCUUUGCAGAUUUCUUUCUUGUCUUUUCAGGUUUUAGGAAAAAGUAUGUGGACUUGUCAGGUGAAGGUGGCUACAGUCUAGCACCAUUAGACACUUUCUAGCAGUAAAAAACACACAAACACUUACAAAGUGGGUCUUGCAGUGUUGGGAUUCAACCACUUGGGAAUAAGAACAUGUCAGUUGUUUUAUCCUGACACGACUAAGGUGUGUAUGAAGGCUACCUUUUUUCUCACGGUCUCACGUGGCUUUGAACAAAGUCUCUUUUAAAUCACACGUGUAGGAUCAAACACAAAAAAGUUCUAUUUAUAACUUGGUUUUACCUGAGCUGUAAAUAUCUCACUGGGACAUCUUUUACAGUUUGUUACAUCAUGACAGAGAGGCAAGCUGCUCUUCGUCUUCAGAAUCUGAGUCGGUUUGAAGAGUCAUUUAUAAACACGGCUAAUGGUCCUCCAUUUUGGAUCCAUGUACCUUGUUCAGUCAGUCGACCCUCAGCGGUGUCACUUCUCCACGCCAUGCUCACUCUUUCCAGUCUGAUGGUGUGGAAGCUGCCGAGGAGCUGUAAUGGUGCUGGGAUGAGCUGUCUGUGACCUAGUUUUGCUGUCUCCUCGUUAAAUUGUUAAUAGAUCCUGAGUGCAGCAUGGAGCCUCUCUGGAGAGUCCAAGCCAACACAGGAACCAAAAAUAGCCCCCCACAAACUGGGAGGUAAUUUAUUUAUUUUACCAAUUACCUACAUGUCCAUGCUGAGCCUCCAUGUUGGUGUUUUAUAAUGUCAAUUGAAGACAAAAUACACAUACAGUACCAGCAUCACAUACUGAAGCAAUGAAACCAUAAAUCUUUAAAACAGCCCCAUUUCAAAUCAACCUGACUCUGCAGAUGCAAAUGCUGACCUUUACUGAAGCUGAAAAACAAUCUCCACAGACUGGCAGCUGUGUAUUAUUCAUUCGUAUGAUCAGUCUGCACCAGCAGAGAUUAAGGCUUCACUGUCAUGUCCCUAAUCAGUAAAAAAAGGAAAAUUAAACAGCACUGUAAUGCCUCUCUUUUAAAUGCAUAACUAGUCCAAACUAGUCCACUACCCUUUUGUGUUGAUAGUGCAGGGGGCAUUGCUGUGCAAGAAAAUGCAGAAACGAUCCUAACAACCCCACAAGUGAUCAAAACAAAGUGUCAUAUUUUCCUAUAAUCAAAGAAACUGUGAGUAAAAUAAAAGUUUUAAGGUCAUACUUUGUCAGUUACAGAAAGUCUGAUAUGAACUGUCAAAUUCAGUCCGGUCUUUGUGUCUAAAAUGUAAAGUCAACACUGACAUACCUUAAAUCUGCAUUUCUAUAGUAUUUUCUUGCAGGGGGUGGUCCACUAGCUGUCCAAAUAGUCUGAUUGGAUAUAGGAUGUAACAUGUCAAAAUCUGACAAUCGUUCAACAGUAGCAACUCAGUGGUGAGACAUUUGCUAUGAUAUUAGGGGGGGGAUAAAGACCUGGAAAGAAGCUAUUUAUAUGGCUCCUAGAAGUUUGUGAACUCCAUCCAGCAAGACAUCCUCAGCUUGCUCUGUGUAACUGUAGUCCUUGUCUUUUUGCAGAGAGCUGCUAUGAGUGUUUGACUGGCCAUGAUGGUAAUUUAUACUUUGACCCUAGUGUGCAGACUAACCUUCUGAAUCUGCUGUUGUCGACCACUUAAAGUGUUUGGAGGUCUUUUGCUGUGAUUACAGUGAUACAUAUUGUUAUCUCGAGCAAGUUGGGAAGCAAGGUUGUGAAUGUUUCCUCUAGAGUCUUUUGGCAUGGCUGUUUUCUUUUUUCCCUUCCCUGCAACACGAGGAAACAAAUUCAAUUCGGGGUCUCACAUUCAAGUUCCCAUUCAGCUAUCCAAGCUGCUGCCCACGCCAGCGUAGAGCUGUGGAGCAGUUUUUGCUAGCUGACAGCUUUGUGUUGGUAAAGACUUUGCCUGAGUUGACGAAAACAACACUGAAAAGUGACAGAUGUAAACGCCUUACAGGUGCUGUUACAUAUUAUCAGGAUGAGGAGAUGGUGAUGUUCUCCAUGGUGGAGAAACCAGCUUUCAAAUCAGUGCUUCAAAAUUUGAUGAGCAAUGCAAUAUUUAUGGGAAACAAGUUAUUGGACACUAAAGGUAAGGUUAAAACCCAUUGACUGGUGAAAGAUUUAAUUCAAACACACUAUAUCCAAAUGGAUCAGAAAGUCAAUCAAUCCUGAGUUACAUAACACCAGUUCACAACAAAUGUUAUCGGAAGAUUCUUUAUAAAAAGUCUGGGUUCAAUGUGUCAACUGUGAUAGAAUACAAGUCCACCUGAUCUGGUCCAUUAUUUAGUCCAUGAAGUUAAUGUCUGGAUAAUCAUUUCCUAGAUAAAUGAAAAACUGCAGGCAUCAACUGAAUUGCUUUUUUAAAAUAUUAUCAUUACAGUGUGUAAUCAGUUUUGUGAUUUAUGGUCUCAUUAGUGGAAAUUUAAACCACCAAACCAGUACAUGCUGGUGUUUAUCCACCCCGACAUCCAGACAUGGUCACUUCAGUGUCCAAAUAAAUGAAAAACAAAACCAAGGUGAUGAAACUUGGGGCUCCAAAAUGGUGGCAACAUCCACCUCAUAUAAACAAUCUGUGGGUUAAAAUCAUAUUCUGGUCAGCUGCUUUAGACAAUCGCUAUAUAAAUGAUGCGAUGAUAAACAGCUGGAGCCUGAUCCCAUUGUUCAGAGUGAAAAAAAUGUGCUUUUCUAAUGUUAAUCAUGCAUUGUAUCUCGUUAGUUACCCAUGACAGUCUGGGCCAUUUGUGGUAUAUACAGUACAGAAGGACAUCAUCAUUAGAGAUGUAAUUAUCAUCAUUGCCAUCUAUUAGUCACACUCCCUCUGUCUCCAGCAUAUGGAACCAAGAGCAGAUAAACAAUGUCAUCCUCUGGGACUCUGCAGCUCUGAGUCUCUGCACAGUCUACACACAGGACUGGUUCAAACCGCAGCCAGGAACACCAUUGGAUCCAGUUAAACUCAUAGUAUUACUGGCACUGAAGGCAUGUGAGACUUUGCUUUGGUCCAGCUUGUUAAUGAGUAGCUGUAGUGUUUGGCAGGGUGUCUGUUUGUUGGAUUUGUUGAUGUUUUUUGUUUGUGCAGAAGGCGAGAGUGUGUUGGCUUUAUAGUAAUAUGACUUUUAAUUAAAAAUUGACAACUCAAAAUGACCGGAAUAAACAACGCAGUUAUUAUACUGCUGUACAAAAUAAUGUAUCUGUACACUAAAGAUAACUUAGGAAUAAACUCUUGAUUCAUUUUUGUAAUUUUUUUGGCCCCUGUCAUAAUGAGUCCUUUUAGAAGACAUACACAUUGUUAACAGGAGCAAAAGUUCUCCCUAAACUCCCUCACUAGCUGUACCUGACUACAGGUGUGUCUCAAUUAAACUAUGUUUUGUCAAAAAGUUACAUUUUUUAAAUUCUACUGCAAAAAAGAAAACAAUAUUUUAUUACCCUAAAUGUUGAGUGACAUAUUUCUAGUGAACAACAGCCCCCUAAACGAUGGCCUAAAGUGCCAAUACACCUCUAUUCAUCAAAGACAAAAGUCUGUGAUGCCAUUUAACCACAAAUUACCGUAUCAUUGUAGUGUGUCAUGGAGGCAGUCAGCUUACAGCUCUGCUGAAGGGAUAAUGGAGCUCAGGUUGCGGAGCUCAGAUUCUCUAUGGGGUUCAGGUCAGGACACUUGGUUUGCCAGAGAAGCACACUAAUAUCCUGGUCAGCAAACCAUUUGGUUGUAGUUUGGUGUUAUAGAGAAGUGCUAAUUUCCAGUUGAAAAAGAGACCAGCCUUGAAGGUGCUCUAAAGUCUCCAGGUAGACUUGAGGCUGGGUUGACUUUGGACUUAACAACACACAGUAGACUAACACAAGUAAUUAACCCAGCUCCCCAAAUCAUCAUAGUGCAGACACCUUACUUUUGGAUUCUGUACCUUGUUGCUUUUUUAAGCCUCCGGUAAGCUAAUUUCCAAAUAUAACAACAUAAUUUGAAAAAAAAAAAUCAGCAACUGUCCGAAUUGUAAUUGGUUGAUAUGGUCCUGUAUUUAGACUUAAUUGUAUCUGAAUGGAUAUCUACUUCUGGAAUGCUCCUUGUCCAAUCAGAUUACUUGUUCUUAAGAGUAUCAAUAAUGCGACCUGAAAAAGCUUCGAUUGCAUUUAUCUCAUCAGCAGUCUGCACAGUGCAGCUGCUGCUCACUAAAAUGAAAUUCAAUACCAGUGAAUUGAGAGUCCUUGUAUUGGGUUGUGUUUACAGGAUAAGGAUUUAACUGUAAUACGGCGCUGCAUAAAUCUGGAAUACAGAAGAUUGGUGGAUUUUGAGUCCGUCUGAAGCAAGUUUACGUUCCAAAUAGCAGAAAGUAGUUGGAGGAAAUCAAUUCCCUGGAAUAAUUUGUCAAAGUCUGUAGUCAAUCAAUUAUUCCCUCACCCAAAGCUUUAUCUAAUAAAGUGUCUGGAUACAUGGAGUGUAAAACUAACCAGUGCUGGCUGUGUAUUACUUUUGCACUAGCUAACCAUGAAUGAAUACAGGACUAUCUGGUACAUUGUUGUGAGACACUACUGGUGCUCAGCAGAGUAGAGACAGUUAAUGCAUCACAUCCGCAGCACUCAGAGGAUUUACUGCCAGUCACCAAACCCUCAAAUUAAUUAUGGGGAAACUCCCGGGUGACAGUAAUGGGAUGCUGCUCUCUGUUGUGGUCACGCUGGGUGAUUUAGACUAAAACAAUGGUGCUAUAUUCACAUAAAAUGCUGCUCAGUGCAGCUUUAACACAUGGAUAGCUCUGCCAUGUCAGUACAGCACACAUCUUUCAACCCUGUGUGAUGCUACUCUCUGCUCCAAAGCCUAGAUUAAAAAUAUUGUGGUCCCAAAUAGCUUCUCCCAAAUGUAGAUUAAAGAGCUUUUUUUUCCCAUCAGAGCUCACAUUCACCUGACUGAGAGGCUUAGUCCUGUAAAAUCUCAUCUUUCAAAUCAACCCUCACAACUCUUUUUAGGAUAUUUUAUGUUAUCACAUGGGAAAUGUAUUUCCCAAUUCUAGGGAUGUCCCGACAACUUUUUUACUUUCAAUACGAUACCGAUAUAUCUUCAGUAUAAGCCGAUACCAAUAGUGUUCCGUUAUUGGCACAAACAUGACAAGUUUUGCACUCAGCUGCAAUGUCUUUUUCAGACUUUAACGAAAAAUAUUGCCGACAUCACUCCUGCUCCUUGUUCCUUUUACCUUAGUACACACUGUUGUUGUGAUCACGUGGGCUCAUCUUGCUGGAUCCAGGCGCUGCUAGCUAGAGGUGCCGAAGUGGAGUCUGGAAUGGACUGCUUGCAUCGGAGUGCUGAUAUCAGAGGUUAUAGAUGUGGGCGGAUAUAAUCCGAUACUUGUUUUUUGGCUGAUAUCAGGCCAAUAUCCAAUAUUGGAUAUCGUGUCAGGACAGCCCUACCUUAUUCAACAUAUUUCUUGAUAAAUCCAGUUCAAUAAUUGAAAAAUGGGUAAGUAUACAAACCAGUAGAUGGAUGAGGUUAGCUCCCUUUUUGUCAUAUAGCAUGUUAGUCAUAAUUCUGACCUAGCAUUAUUCACCAUACAUUGUCUUCACAGGAAAUGCUUUAACUAAUCUUUAGUUAAGAGCAAUAAAAAAGUGUUAAAUGACAUAUUUUUCAGAAGUCUUGUAAACCUAAUAUCCAUUUUUCAGUUAUUAAAAAACCGCUCUAAUUAUAACCUCCAUGGCUCCUGUGACACCUGCUCCUUUAACAGCUUUUAAUCAUCAUGAUAGCAGGCCGCCCAGCAAGGUGUCCCUCACCAGCUCCUGUAGCACACCUGAUCCUUUAUAGGAGACAGAGCUGGGUUGAAAUGGAGGUCACAGCUGACAGGUGUGAGGGGAAAUGAAAACACAGAGAGAGGAGCUCAGAUGUGCUACAAUGACAGCUGAUGCUUACAUGAAUCAGUCUGAUUCACUCCCUCUCUCAGUGCUGUGACCUGCUCUCACUCUCACACACUCCUACUCAGCAUUUGUACUACAUCUUUACAACUGGAGGAUUUUUUUUUUUCUAUUUUAAACUGUGAAGUAUUGAAUAUAUCGUGGCCAGCUGGCUUGUUUUUUUUGUGUGUUUCCUUGUACUGUGCUUUCUUGUCCGUGCAGCCUUCUGUUUAAAAAUCUCAGAGCUGAAGUUUCUUAAGCUUUAUCUUCGACUGUUCAAGAGAUUCAGGGAUCUUUUUGAAGCCGUUAGUCUCUACCCACACCUUUCUAACCCACAACAGAUCAAAAGGUGAAAGAAGAGGUAGAAAUCAAUAAAUUAGACUUUGAUAACACUCUGUGGAGGUGAAAGCAAAGUUUUUUGCCAACUAACAUCCACACAACACAAACUUACCACCAACAUAGAUCUAAUGGUAACAAUCGGCUUAGAGUCUGGUUUUAUUUGAUUGUAGAGGCUAACUGGUUUACCCAUUUGGUCUGCAGCUCCGCUUGUCAAAAACAGCAGACUGGCAGUGGGUAGACCUCAGUUUUUCCUCACACAUUUUUCAAUCUUUUAAAUAAGGUAAGGUAGUCUAAACAGCCAAAAAAAAUCUGCUCUGAGAUCCUGUUAGCAAUUUACAAAGAAAUCAAAUGGUACUGUGGAGGUUUCAAACAACUCAUCCUAAAUUGUCAAACAGACAUCCCAGCUAGGACUUUAUGUCUGUCAAAAAUAUGAGAAUACACUCAGAAAACAAACACUCUAUACAUAGGAUCACUGAGGACAAUAUCAUAUUGGCAGCAAAGCUGGCACAACCACCAUUCAGUCCUCCUUGUAGACAAACAUCCACAUACAUGUGCUGGUUAUUUGUCAGGUUAACCAGAUAACACAUUAAUUCAACUUAAUCUCCAAACCUCUAGAUCAAAAUAUUGACAACCAUGCUGUACUUCAGGAUUCAGUGUCAUCUGUGCUUGUUUGCAUGGUAGGUAGUGGAGCAUUGUAGCAACAUGGCACUGGUCUUAAUCUGGAGCUACAGCCCUGACCAGUAGCAGAUAGCUGUGCUACAGCUUAGACACAUUACAUGAGCAGCAUUUAAGUCCUACAGCAAUAACAACAUUAAUUAUUAGUAUAACAGACCGGUGAGGGUUGAUGACAUUAAAUAAUUCAGCUAACUGGACCCACACAUCUCUUAUCAACACCCCCUAGAGUUUGGCUUCAGUUAGCAUUACUCAACAGAGACUUUCACAGAACAGCCGAAAUCACCUCUGGAUCAGUGAAGCAGAAGGAAUUUUUAUUUCUAAAUCUUAAAAAUUGGAAAAAAAAAAGGGACUUUUAAUUCUUGUUUUGUUGUUGUUUUUGGGAUGUGGAGAAGGGGUUAGGCUUUAUUUGACAAAAUAGCUGAAGAGCAACAUGAAAUGUUGAAAGAGGGACAGAAGGAAAGACAUGCACCAUCUAUCAACUCAAAUUUGCAACCUGAUCUGAAGGCUCUGUCCAUAUAAGCAGCUGAACCAAAGCCCUAAAAUCAUGACACUCUUCCUCACAAAUUCUGACGAAACUUAUCUGUGGUUCAAAUCCUGUCUUUCUUGCUGUGAAUGAUGUGAUCACUCAUAACUAGAAGUCAUUAUCAGAACAGAGGAGUCCCACAGGGUUUAGUUCUUGGUCCCCUUCUUUUUAGUUUGUUUGACACAGUUAUAAAAACAUUUAUGAAAAUAUUUUGAUCACUCUAUAAGACAGAGCAACCAAUGAGGUAAUUGUAAAGUUCAUGAAAAAUCAAAAAUGCUCCAUUUUAUAGUUUUCUUGAAGUCUCCAAAAUCAGGCAACUGGACUGUGUAGAGUUGAGAAGUCCAGUUGCCUGAUUUUGGAAACUUCAAGAAAACCAUGACCUGGAUGAAUGAGAAUCUACAUGGAUCCAUUUUAUAAUAUUUGUAAAUCUUACAGUAUGCACAACUCAUACAUAAAUGAUUUGACAAUCAGGCCUCACAAGUGCUCAGUGACUGUGUGAUGGAUUAGACAUGGUCCAUUUCACAUCUGUUUGUGUAAUUUAUCUUUACACCCUUGAAUCUAUAAGAGGAUUAUGGUAUGAAAAGAGGUCUGAGUCAUGAAUCGGUUUGGUAAUAUUUAUCAGCAGAAUCCUGUCUGCCCAGAGAGGGAAUACCUGAGGAAGUUUUGUCAUUCAGGUUCAGAGUGUGUACAGUUCCUUAUGUGAGCAAACAUCAUCCGGCUGUGAUACCCGACAGUGAAUUUACUUUUAAGACACACUGAAAAAGGCAAACAUCAGCACUGCUGCACUAUCACUUUCACUGUGUUUCCUACAGUAUAAAAUCCCUAUUGAGGUUCUGAGUCCUUUGUCAAAAAAGCUGCUUGCAAACAGAGCGACAAAACCUGCUUAGCUGCUUAAAGAGAGGAAGAGACGGCAAUCGAGCAGUGCCAAGCCUGAGUAAAGACGGAGACAGGCCAUGACAAACAUCUCAUUUAAAAUUCAGUCAUUGCUUCUGAAAAUCCUCGUAUGAAUUUGUAUGCAAAUGCUCCUUUCUUCUUGCUGUUUAUGAGGCGCAGUAAAGCAGAGAGUGUGCUGAAAUGAUUGAGAUAGAGGCUCCACUGGAGAGGGGAAAAUUGAGCAGAAAAGGGAAUGUGCUGGGUAAAUUGUGCUAAUGCGAGGAGAGUUCCCCCCUGCACAUUAGGACUGGAGUUGUUAUGUUGUUAUGUAAGAUCAGACUGUAUCGAGGCUGAGGAAACAGGAGAGUCUGGGGGAGGGGAGGGAGUGAUGAAGAUCAAAGCACUGUUGAGGGAAAAAAAAAGAGGAAAAAGGAGCAGCAGAGGAUACAAUCCUUGGUGUUUAUAUGAGAGUAUGAUCACAUUAUUGCUGCUCAGCUGCAAAACAUCCCCCCAUCAUCUUUAACUUUAUUGUUCGAAGGCUUGCAAUUAAAACCACGUCAACCAGUAAUAAAGACAUGAGGCUUUGGUGUUGCACUAAUCUCUGCUGCUGUCCACUCAGUGCCCUUUGAACUCCGACCUCUGUGUAAUCUGAAACACAAAGAUUAGAUUGGAUAAGAUUACCAGACUUCAGUGUAAUAACAGCACAUACGUACAUGCAAAUAUUUAGCCGUUAACUUAUGUGUUUAUGUACAGCUGCAUCUGCUUUAUUUCAUGAGAAACCAUAAUGAAUGAGACGCAUCAAAAUUAGAUAUGUCCAUUAAGAUUAAGUGCCUCACAUCCCUAUAACACAGUGAAGUGAACUGACAAAGACUGAAUUACAUCCACUGAUAGCUCCAUGGAAAUUUGCAUUAGUUUCCAUGAGCAUAAGCUCUGUGUCAAAGUCUGAUUUCAGAACACAGCGCUAAUGACAUUCAAAUGCAAAUAUUUCCAAGUUUUGCAGCUCUUUGUAGUUUGAGUUUGUUUUGCAUCAGCUUGUGGAGAGAAAGAGUCUGCACCUCUGCAGCCUCUGGUUUGAAUGCUCUAUAAGAGCUCAGAUAUGUCCCUGUACAAGCUGAGAAAGGAGGGACAUUCAAUGUUGUUCUGUAUUUUUUCUUCCACUUUCACUUCACUACAUCUCUGGACCAGAGUGUACUCAUGUUCAAGCUGAGUUGAACAUAUGGACAUGUUGAAAAUGUGUAGAAAUAAUGUCAAGGUAGUUUUACAGAUAAGUAUGUGUAAUACAGUAUAUCCCAUAAAGUGUUAAUAGAAUAGACGCCGUCUGCCUCCUCACUGGGUGAAGUCACUGUGAAAACAGCACCCUCUGGUGACAGGCUGCAGUAUAGGUCAUAAAUCCUGCCUUUUCCAGCAAUCCCUAUGGAGCUGAAGACAAACUUAAGAAAUUUAUUACACAGAAUAUAUUUUUUUCUGACCCCUGGUUGUGAUGUUAACAUGUAGUUACAGUAAGACUGGUUUGUGCUCAAGUCCUCUUUUUUUCUGCAUUUAUAAAAGUUAUUAGGGGGUUCAUGUUUUCUAUGAUUGACACCUGAUACAGCCAAUGGGCGUACGAAGAUUGCGUAGCUGAGCGUCAUCACAGCGACUCUCUGUGACUCUCCCGCCGAAUGAGUACAACGUUACUGUGCAAGUGGUGGUUCAAGGAAGUGGAGAAAAUCCCAGAAAUAAAAUUUUCAGUAGCUGUCAAUUAGUGGUUGUAGACCGUAUGACAGCAGCAAAGAGUUUUUGUAAUGUCUCAUGCAAGAAAUGCCAAAAUAAUUACUACAAAGAAAAGGCAUGGGGAGAUCUUAUGUGAGUGGAAUCGUCACUGUGAAAUCUUUACAUCAGUGUGUGGUUUUAUGUCACCUCCUGUGUGUUCCCGUUUAAAAGGGCUGUUUUAGUAUGAUUAUUUUGUAUCACUGCUCUAAAAUAUUUACACUGAAGACACUUUGUAUUUUUGGCCCACUUUUUCCCUCUGAUGGCACCAGUUUAUCAUCUGGUUUUUGACUCAGAUGAAUUUGAUUCAACAUCUUAUUUAAAAUGCACCUCCGCCUGACUGUGUUUACUGUGUCAGCUGUUUAGAGUUUACCAGCAGGUGUUUGUUGACUGACCUGUGAUGGUUCAAAUCACAGAUUUGUUAUGUAGCUUAUGUUGGUCUCACCUGCAUGUGUGUGUCUCUUUGAGGUGGAGCCUGCACUCUUGGCAGCUGCUGGACCGUCAAGAAUGUGUAAAGGGUUAGAUACAGUGAUGUCACUAUCAUAUGGCAGCAGAUAGUCGGCUGCAGUAACACUUCUGUGUCUCUCCUGGUGUCGUCCAGUGAUCCUAAGCAGUUUGUUUUGAUACAGAAACUGAGAACUUCACUUUGUCGUGGAAAAUGAAGCCUGUUUGACAACACUGUACAACAUUAUCAAUGAAAUAGUAACAAAAAAUAGUAAUGUUACCACCAAGCUUAGAAUCACAGUGAAACUACUAACUCCAACGUAAUAAUGCAAUGUGAAAUCACACAUUUGGACACCAAUAUUAUCCUGUUUCAGAAUCAGUGUAAAAGUACAAAGGUGCAAUGCAAAUUAGACAGUUUCUCCCAGUCUGCACAUGUUUAAUGAGUAAUUAAAAAUCUUCUGCACCAUGGUUUUCUGAAUCAGGUCCAGGGUUUUUAGGGAGUCCCACAGUUCUGUUGGCUUAAAACAUUAAUGCAGAAAAAUUCAAACUCCAUGUUUCAUCCCUUUUCUUUCUCCAUUUCAAAGUAAAAGGCAAAAAUAAUCUUCCUCUGGAUACUUUUAUCACUACACAGCCACCCACCUAAGACACAAAUAGCUCCAACACCUCCUCUGAGUGCAGAUUUUUUUAAUCUAAGAAUAUUUUCUCUCUGAAACGGGGUCUAAGAUGGAAGAAGGCUUUCUUUACUGACUUGGACUCGCUCCUCUCAUUUCCCUUCAUGGCUGCACAGUUAAAGUCCAUCUGCUCGGAGUUAGAGAGGGACAGUUGAAGCUUUGGGUGACAGCAGAGGAGACAAAAAGGAUGAUGAAGAAAAAGAGUGAUGAAUGGAAGUAAAAAGAAGAAGUGAAAUGUGUGACUUGGAGCUGGUUAUUGAUCUCAGCGUAUAGAGCAUUUGUCUUGAUUUCUGGAUAUUGCUCUGGAUCUCUGUACUGCACAGAAACAAUCACUCAAACAUUAUUGUUGCCCUGCUCCCGGACGUGCGUCCUGCCUGCCUCUGAACCCUGGCUGCUGUCCUGGUGGGUGGAGUUGUGAUGUAUGGCACCAUUGCUGUGAGCCUGACUGACUGAGUAACAGAGCUCCAUCAGGCAGAUGAGAGUCAGCGUGGUGCUGGAGUCUCAGCGGCUUUGACUCUCUUUGAGUUCUGUGUGUAAACAGAAAAACAGAUGGUCGCUGCUGCCAAACAAGUUCCUCUCUCUCUCUGGUUCUCAUGAAGGGAAACGGACACACGAGAGGAAGAUGUCAGCUUUAUUUUGCCAGCUUUAUUAGGGCCCGAGCGUAGCUGCUAAGCAGCUGCGAGAGCCCUAUUAUUCCCCAAGGGGUUUUUCUUUGUUUCUUUAGGGCCCGAGCGUAGCUGCUAAGCAGCUGCGAGAGCCCUAUUAUUCCCCAAGUGGUUUUUCUUUGUUAGGGCCCGAGCGUAGCUGCUAAGCAGCUGCGAGAGCCCUAUUAUUCCCCAAGUGGUUUUUCUUUGUUUCUUUUUUCUUUUUCCUCCCCUUUGAACUGGAAAAUGGCCCACUUCCCACUGGCGAAAACUCAGGAAAUUUGGCAGGACGACCGGGCCUGGUGAAAAAUUUGAUAUUCCGAAGUCGCCCAAACAAGAAAAUGCAAAAUGGCUCCAUAGCGCCCCCUAAGGUGAAAAUUCACACUAUUGACUGUCACGCCUGUACGCUUUGUCAAAAUGACACAAAAAUUGACACACACAUGUAUCUCAAUAAGAUCUACAAAAAAGUCAGUGCGGGCGUAUCUGUCAAAUGUACGGUUAAAGGGUUAUUUCGCAUUUUUUGCCGAUCCGCACACAUUGGAAUUUCGCUAACUCCUCCGAAGGCUUUCGUUCCACCGGCACCACAUUUGCUCAGGCCAAUCUACACCCCAUGGCCAUUAAAAGUUAUUCAAAUCAUGACGCUGCACCCCACGGUUUAGGUUCUAGGGGGCGCCAAAGAUAACCCUAAAAUCCACAUUUUUAAAAGUCUUAUAACUUUUUAUUUUUGCCCUCACUGGCCUCCAAGUUUUCUAGGAUGAUGCAAUGUCCAGCCAUCAACACAUGUGUGAAGGAAUUUUUACUCCCCAAAAGAGCGCCCCCCCAUGGCAGGAGAAAAAAGUCCAUUUUUUCUUGUCCCCUAAGGUGAAAAUACACAUUGUUGACUGUCACGCCUAUACGCUUUGUCAAAAUGACACAAAAAUUGACACACACAUGUAUCUCAAUAAGAUCUUCGAAAAAGUCAAUGCGCGCGUAUCUGUCUAAUGUACGGUUAAAGGGUUAUUCCGCAUUUUUUGCCGAUUCGCACACAUUGGAAUUUCGCUAACUCCUCCGAAGGCUUUCGUUCCACCGGCACCACAUUUGCUCAGGCCAAAUUACACCCCAUGGCCAUUAAAAGUUAUUCAAAUCAUGACGCUGCACCCCACGGUUUACGUUCUAGGGGGCGCCAAAGAUAACCCAAAAAUCCACAUUUUUAAAAGUCUUAUAACUUUUUAUUUUUGUCCUCACUGGCCUCCAAGUUUUCUAGGAUGAUGCAAUGUCCAGCCAUCAACACAUUUGUGAAGGAAUUUUUACUCCCUAAAAGAGCGCCCCCCAUGGCAGGAGAAAAAAGUCCAUUUUUUCUUGUCCCCUAAGGUGAAAAUACACAUUGUUGACUGUCACGCCUGUACGCUUUGGCAAAAUGACACAAAAAUUGACAAUCAUGUGUAUCUCAAUUAGAUCUACGAAAAAGUCAAAGAGCGCGUAUCUGUAUAAUGUACGGUAAAAGGGCUAUUUUGCAUUUUUUGCCGAUUCGCACACAUUGGAAUUUCGCUAACUCCUCCUAAGGCUUUCGUCCCACUGACACCAAAUUUGCUCAGGCCAAUCUACACUCCAUGGCCAUUCAAAGUUGUAAAAAUCAUGACGCUGCACCCCACGGUUUACGUUUUAGGGGGCGCCAAAGAUGACCCAAAUAUACAUUACAGUAGACAAAGUAGUUUUGCCCACUGAGUGGCGCCAAAGGGACUUGUCUGUGGAGUCUGUGAGUCACUAUUGGCCGUUUUUGACUACUUUAGAUUUUACCUUUAUAUUUCCUCUUACAAAAUUUUUACCUUGCCUUGCCUGGUAUCAUUUUUUUCAGCACAACCUCACCUGUGUCAAUUUACAGUUAUUUUAUCAUUUUGACAUACUAUAUUUACACAUUGGACCCAAAUUCACACACAAAACAUAAAAUCCGAGUGGAAAAAAGUAACGUUUUUACUGUGAAAACCACAAAUAUGUGUGAUGAACUGUUUUUAAAACUUAAACUUCAAAUAAAAAUUGUAAACUUCAAAACAUAUGCAAAUUUUUAACAAAGAACAUAGUAAUUUACCUCUAUUGACAUCAAAAUGCAGGCAAUGGCCCAGGUGUUCUUUGUAAAAUUAUUUACAAAACACUGUAUAGUCUCACAAAUGUCACUUUUUAUUUAUGCCACUACAAAAAAACAUGAUGUAAAUGAUGCAUGAUGUAAAACAUGAUGUAAAAAACUUGUGUAGAUCCUCCUCUAUGUUAGUCCAUGUGUAAUUUUUCCAUAAUUCUUUGUUUUUUGCAGCAUUUUUGUUAGUGUAACUGCAGAUUGUGCUGACAGUGUCUAUGGCAAAAAAAAAAAAAAAAAAACUGAAAAUGCCUCAACAUGAACCCCUGGUGGUCUCUGAGGGUGAAACCUGCUAACUGCUGCAGCUCUGUCAGCUUCAGUCUCCCAUGCAGAGCUCGGAGCGCAUGUGUGGCUCUUCACCCUUAGCAGCGUUGCUAACUCCUCAGUAAGGAAAGCCUGCUUCAUGUCAGAGUCUCUAAACUCCAGAAGAAGUCGAUAAAAGUCACUUUCUUUCUAAAAAAAAAGUCGUUAGGGGGUCUGAAAAGUCAUUGAAUCUAACAACAAAGUCGCUAGGUUUGCAACUACGUGUCCCAGACUGCAUCCCUGCUGAGAGUCCCUCCCUCCCUUCUCAUAUUGCAGGAAGAACGUAAGUUCCCGCCCCUUGUCAAUCAAUCACCAUAUAAUUUUGGAUUGGUUGUUGUGGUGAAGUUUUCCACCAAUAGGAGAGAUGUUGUGGUGUGUUUUUUUUUUCUUUUGGCAAGCCUUUUCCGCCUGUAAGACCUGUCGCUAAUGUCUGCAUGCUAUGUUUUCCUGUCUCAUACAGCGCGAUCGAGCGCCGAAUGUGAUCAAAAUAAGCAGAAAACAAGUAUCGCGGACAUAAUUUAUCAUAACUCUGGUUUUAUUUGGCCUAUCAACACAAUUUAAAAACUGGUAUAUAGGUUGAGGUCCUCACUUUUGAGAUAAAUUGAAACGGAGAGUCAACGAGGCUCCGUCUUGCAGCUACAUCCGGUUAAAUAUGUCAUGUGACUUGAACGCACACACACACACACACACACACACACAGACACACACACACACGCACACACACACACUCAGAGUCUGGUUUUUAGCACCUGCAAAAACAUGCUAUUUACAUAUUUGACAAGAAUGCAGAGGCUCCUUUUGCCCCUGAAAAAAAUCAAAUUUCAAACACAACUUGACUGGUCAUUUCUCCAAAAGACAACCAUGAAGCUCCAUCCAAACCUGAAGCAGGCAGUUGGUGCAUGUGUACAGUAACCUGAGGGGAGUGAGGUGACUGCUUCUGAGGAGAACAUGAGCAGUGAAGAUUCACCUUAGAGCUAGAACAGAGACGUGCACAUGAUUAUACAGGGGCAGGGGCUCAAGUUUUUUCCAGUCGUUUAUACAAUAUGGAAAUUAAUGUGAAAUUAAAAAACAAAGUAUUAAUAGAAAGGUAAUGACUGUCCUGUGUAGGUGACAGUAAUAUCCAAUAGGCUAGGCACUCACGAGGCUGGCUGUGGCAAGUGUAAGUGAAAGCAACACGCACUGGCAGGAAGAACAGCAAACGCCGAUGAAGGAAAAGGGUCUUUGCAGUGAUGGGCGUUACCAGAGAGGGCGAUGGCCAGAGGACACAAAUGGGACGGGGAGGCAGCGCGUUGGGGGGGGGGCGCGACACAGCUCGGGCCCGCCAGUGCCCCAACGGGGUCCUAGUUUCUUUUUUCUUUUUCCUCCCCUUUGAACUGGAAAAUGGCCCACUUCCCACUGGCGAAAACUCAUGAAAUUUGGCAGGACGACCGGGCCUGGUGAAAAAUUUGAUAUUCCGAAGUCGCCCAAACAAGAAAAUGCAAAAUGGCUCCAUAGCGCCCCCUAAGGUGAAAAUUCACACUAUUGACUGUCACGCCUGUACGCUUUGUCAAAAUGACACAAAAAUUGACACACACAUGUAUCUCAAUAAGAUCUACAAAAAAGUCAGUGCGGGCGUAUCUGUCAAAUGUACGGUUAAAGGGUUAUUUCGCAUUUUUUGCCGAUCCGCACACAUUGGAAUUUCGCUAACUCCUCCGAAGGCUUUCGUUCCACCGGCACCACAUUUGCUCAGGCCAAUCUACACCCCAUGGCCAUUAAAAGUUAUUCAAAUCAUGACGCUGCACCCCACGGUUUAGGUUCUAGGGGGCGCCAAAGAUAACCCUAAAAUCCACAUUUUUAAAAGUCUUAUAACUUUUUAUUUUUGCCCUCACUGGCCUCCAAGUUUUCUAGGAUGAUGCAAUGUCCAGCCAUCAACACAUGUGUGAAGGAAUUUUUACUCCCCAAAAGAGCGCCCCCCCAUGGCAGGAGAAAAAAGUCCAUUUUUUCUUGUCCCCUAAGGUGAAAAUACACAUUGUUGACUGUCACGCCUAUACGCUUUGUCAAAAUGACACAAAAAUUGACACACACAUGUAUCUCAAUAAGAUCUUCGAAAAAGUCAAUGCGCGCGUAUCUGUCUAAUGUACGGUUAAAGGGUUAUUCCGCAUUUUUUGCCGAUUCGCACACAUUGGAAUUUCGCUAACUCCUCCGAAGGCUUUCGUUCCACCGGCACCACAUUUGCUCAGGCCAAAUUACACCCCAUGGCCAUUAAAAGUUAUUCAAAUCAUGACGCUGCACCCCACGGUUUACGUUCUAGGGGGCGCCAAAGAUAACCCAAAAAUCCACAUUUUUAAAAGUCUUAUAACUUUUUAUUUUUGUCCUCACUGGCCUCCAAGUUUUCUAGGAUGAUGCAAUGUCCAGCCAUCAACACAUUUGUGAAGGAAUUUUUACUCCCUAAAAGAGCGCCCCCCAUGGCAGGAGAAAAAAGUCCAUUUUUUCUUGUCCCCUAAGGUGAAAAUACACAUUGUUGACUGUCACGCCUGUACGCUUUGGCAAAAUGACACAAAAAUUGACAAUCAUGUGUAUCUCAAUUAGAUCUACGAAAAAGUCAAAGAGCGCGUAUCUGUAUAAUGUACGGUAAAAGGGCUAUUUUGCAUUUUUUGCCGAUUCGCACACAUUGGAAUUUCGCUAACUCCUCCUAAGGCUUUCGUCCCACUGACACCAAAUUUGCUCAGGCCAAUCUACACUCCAUGGCCAUUCAAAGUUGUAAAAAUCAUGACGCUGCACCCCACGGUUUACGUUUUAGGGGGCGCCAAAGAUGACCCAAAUAUACAUUACAGUAGACAAAGUAGUUUUGCCCACUGAGUGGCGCCAAAGGGACUUGUCUGUGGAGUCUGUGAGUCACUAUUGGCCGUUUUUGACUACUUUAGAUUUUACCUUUAUAUUUCCUCUUACAAAAUUUUUACCUUGCCUUGCCUGGUAUCAUUUUUUUCAGCACAACCUCACCUGUGUCAAUUUACAGUUAUUUUAUCAUUUUGACAUACUAUAUUUACACAUUGGACCCAAAUUCACACACAAAACAUAAAAUCCGAGUGGAAAAAAGUAACGUUUUUACUGUGAAAACCACAAAUAUGUGUGAUGAACUGUUUUUAAAACUUAAACUUCAAAUAAAAAUUGUAAACUUCAAAACAUAUGCAAAUUUUUAACAAAGAACAUAGUAAUUUACCUCUAUUGACAUCAAAAUGCAGGCAAUGGCCCAGGUGUUCUUUGUAAAAUUAUUUACAAAACACUGUAUAGUCUCACAAAUGUCACUUUUUAUUUAUGCCACUACAAAAAAACAUGAUGUAAAUGAUGCAUGAUGUAAAACAUGAUGUAAAAAACUUGUGUAGAUCCUCCUCUAUGUUAGUCCAUGUGUAAUUUUUCCAUAAUUCUUUGUUUUUUGCAGCAUUUUUGUUAGUGUAACUGCAGAUUGUGCUGACAGUGUCUAUGGCAAAAAAAAAAAAAAAAAAAACUGAAAAUGCCUCAACAUGAACCCCUGGUGGUCUCUGAGGGUGAAACCUGCUAACUGCUGCAGCUCUGUCAGCUUCAGUCUCCCAUGCAGAGCUCGGAGCGCAUGUGUGGCUCUUCACCCUUAGCAGCGUUGCUAACUCCUCAGUAAGGAAAGCCUGCUUCAUGUCAGAGUCUCUAAACUCCAGAAGAAGUCGAUAAAAGUCACUUUCUUUCUAAAAAAAAAGUCGUUAGGGGGUCUGAAAAGUCAUUGAAUCUAACAACAAAGUCGCUAGGUUUGCAACUACGUGUCCCAGACUGCAUCCCUGCUGAGAGUCCCUCCCUCCCUUCUCAUAUUGCAGGAAGAACGUAAGUUCCCGCCCCUUGUCAAUCAAUCACCAUAUAAUUUUGGAUUGGUUGUUGUGGUGAAGUUUUCCACCAAUAGGAGAGAUGUUGUGGUGUGUUUUUUUUUUCUUUUGGCAAGCCUUUUCCGCCUGUAAGACCUGUCGCUAAUGUCUGCAUGCUAUGUUUUCCUGUCUCAUACAGCGCGAUCGAGCGCCGAAUGUGAUCAAAAUAAGCAGAAAACAAGUAUCGCGGACAUAAUUUAUCAUAACUCUGGUUUUAUUUGGCCUAUCAACACAAUUUAAAAACUGGUAUAUAGGUUGAGGUCCUCACUUUUGAGAUAAAUUGAAACGGAGAGUCAACGAGGCUCCGUCUUGCAGCUACAUCCGGUUAAAUAUGUCAUGUGACUUGAACGCACACACACACACACACACACACACACACAGACACACACACACACGCACACACACACACUCAGAGUCUGGUUUUUAGCACCUGCAAAAACAUGCUAUUUACAUAUUUGACAAGAAUGCAGAGGCUCCUUUUGCCCCUGAAAAAAAUCAAAUUUCAAACACAACUUGACUGGUCAUUUCUCCAAAAGACAACCAUGAAGCUCCAUCCAAACCUGAAGCAGGCAGUUGGUGCAUGUGUACAGUAACCUGAGGGGAGUGAGGUGAGUGCUUCUGAGGAGAACAUGAGCAGUGAAGAUUCACCUUGGAGCUAGAACAGAGACAUGCACAUGAUUAUACAGGGGCAGGGGCUCAAGUUUUUUCCAGUCGUUUAUACAAUAUGGAAAUUAAUGUGAAAUUAAAACACAAAGUAUUAAUAGAAAGGUAAUGACUGUCCUGUGUAGGUGACAGUGAUAUCCAAUAGGCUAGGCACUCACGAGGCUGGCUGUGGCAAGUGUAAGUGAAAGCAACACGCACUGGCAGGAAGAACAGCAAACGCCGAUGAAGGAAAAGGGUCUUUGCAGUGAUGGGCGUUACCAGAGAGGGCGAUGGCCAGAGGACACAAAUGGGACGGGGAGGCAGCACGUUGGGGGGGGGACGCGACACGGCUCGGGCCCGCCAGUGCCCCAACGGGGUCCUAGUUCUUUUUCCUCCCCUUUGAACUGGAAAAUGGCCCACUUCCCACUGGCGAAAACUCAUGAAAUUUGGCAGGACGACCGGGCCUGGUGAAAAAUUUGAUAUUCCGAAGUCGCCCAAACAAGAAAAUGCAAAAUGGCUCCAUAGCGCCCCCUAAGGUGAAAAAUUCACCUGACGCCUGUACGCUUUGUCAAAAUGACACAAAAAUUGACACACACAUGUAUCUCAAUAACAUCUACGAAAAAGUCAGUGCGGGCGUAUCUGUCAAAUGUACGGUUAAAGGGUUAUUGCGCAUUUUUUGCCGAUCCGCACACAUUGGAAUUUCGCUAACUCCUCCGAAGGCUUUCGUUCCACCGGCACCACAUUUGCUCAGGCCAAUCUACACCCCAUGGCCAUUAAAAGUUAUUCAAAUCAUGACGCUGCACCCCACGGUUUAGGUUCUAGGGGGCGCCAAAGAUAACACUAAAAUCCACAUAUUUCAAAGUCUUAUAACUUUUUAUUUUUGUCCUCACUGGCCUCCAAGUUUUCUAGGAUGAUGCAAUGUCCAGCCAUCAACACAUUUGUGAAGGAAUUUUUACUCCCCAAAAGAGCGCCCCCCCAUGGCAGGAGAAAAAAGUCCAUUUUUUCUUGUCCCCUAAGGUGAAAAUACACAUUGUUGAGUGUCACGCCUGUACGCUUUGUCAAAAUGACACAAAAAUUGACACACACAUGUAACUCAAUAAGAUCUACGAAAAAGUCAAUGCGCGCGUAUCUGUCAAAUGUACGGUUAAAGGGUUAUUCCGCAUUUUUUGCCGAUCCGCACACAUUGGAAUGUGGCUAACUCCUCCUAAGGCUUUCGUUCCACCGGCACCACAUUUGCUCAGGCCAAUCUACACCCCAUGGCCAUUAAAAGUUAUCAAAAUCAUGACGCUGCACCCCACGGUUUACGUUCUAGGGGGCGCCAAAGAUAACCCUAAAAUCCACAUAUUUAAAAGUCUUAUAACUUUUUAUUUUUGUCCUCACUGGCCUCCAAGUUUUCUAGGAUGAUGCAAUGUCCAGCCAUCAACACAUUUGUGAAGGAAUUUUUACUCCCCAAAAGAGCGCCCCCCAUGGCAGGAGAAAAAAGUCCAUUUUUUCUUGUCCCUUAAGGUGAAAAUACAUAUUGUUGAGAUUCACGCCUAUACGCUUUGUCAUAUUGACACAAAAUUUGACAAUCACGUGCCUUGCCUGGUAUCAUUUUUUUCAGCACAACCUCACCUGUGCGAAUUUACAGUUAUUUUAUCAUGUUGACAUACUGAAUUUACACAAUGGACCCAAAUUCACACACAAAACAUAAAAUCCGAGUGGAAAAAAGUAACAUUUUUACUGUGAAAACCACAAAUAUGUGUGAUGAACUGUUUUUAAAACUUAAACUUCAAAUAAAAAUUGUAAACUUCAAAACAUAUGCAAAUUUUUAACAAAGAACAUAGUGAUUUACCUCUAUUUACAUCAAAAUGCAGGCAAUGGCCCAGGCGUUCUUUGUAAAAUUAUUUACAAAACACUGUAUAGUCUCACAAAUGUCACUUUUUAUUUAUGCCACUACAAAAAAACAUGAUGUAAAUGAUGCAUGAUGUAAAACAUGAUGUAAAAAACUUGUGUAGAUCCUCCUCUAUGUCAGUCCAUGUGUAAUUUUUCCAUAAUUCUUUGUUUUUUUCAGCAUUUUUGUUAGUGUAACUGCAGAUUGUGCUGACAGUGUCUAUGGCACAAAAAAAAAAAAAAAUUAAAAUGCCUCAACAUGAACCCCUGGUGGUCUCUGAGGGUGAAACCUGCUAACUGCUGCAGCUCUGUCAGCUUCAGUCUCCCAUGCAGAGCUCUGAGCGCAUGUGUGGCUCUGCACCCUUAGCAGCGUUGCUAACUCCUCAGUAAGGAAAGCCUGCUUCAUGUCAGAGUCUCUAAACUCCAGAAGAAGUCGAUAAAAGUCCCUUUCUUUCUAAAAAAAAGUCGUUAGGGGGUCUGAAAAGUCAUUGAAUCUAACAACAAAGUCGCUAGGUUUGCAACUACGUGUCCCAGACUGCAUCCCUGCUGAGAGUCCCUCCCUCCCUUCUCAUGUUGCAGGAAGAACGUAAGCGCCCGCCCCUUGUCAUUCAGUCACCAUAUAAUUUUGGAUUGGUUGUUGUGGUGAAGUUUUCCACCAAUAGGAGAGAUGUUGUGGUGUUUUUUUUUUUUUUUUGGCAAGCCUUUUCCGCCUGUAAGACCUGUCGCUAAUGUCUGCAUGCUAUGUUUUCCUGUCUCAUACAGCGCGAUCGAGCGCCGAACGUGAUCAAAAUAAGCAGAAAAAAAGUAUCGCGGACAUAAUUUAUCAUAACUCUGGUUUUAUUUGGCCUAUCAACACAAUUUAAAAACUGGUAUAUAGGUUGAGGUCCUCACUUUUAAGAUAAGUUGAAACGGAGAGUCAACGAGGCUCCGUCUUGCAGCUACAUCCGGUUAAAUAUGUCAUGUGACUUGAACGCACACACAGACACACACACACGCACACACACACACACACACACACACACACACACACACACACACACACACACACACACACACACACACACACACACUCAGAGUCUGGUUUUUAGCACCUGCAAAAACAUGCUAUUUACAUAUUUGACAAGAAUGCAGAGGCUCCUUUUGCCCCUGAAAAAAAUCAAAUUUCAAACACAACUUGACUGGUCAUUUCUCCAAAAGACAACCAUGAAGCUCCAUCCAAACCUGAAGCAGGCAGUUGGUGCAUGUGUACAGUAACCUGAGGGGAGUGAGGUGAGUGCUUCUGAGGAGAACAUGAGCAGUGAAGAUUCACCUUGGAGCUAGAACAGAGACAUGCACAUGAUUAUACAGGGGCAGGGGGGGGGGGGGGCGACACGGCUCGGGCCCGCCAGUGCCCCAACGGGGUCCUAGUUUUACUUUGUUCCCACUUGGCUCAAACUUAAAACUACUUUCACUUUGAAGAUAAUUAAAGCACAGGGAUAUUUUUGCAGGUUGGAGAGAUUAACUUCUCUCUACAGAAGAAUAUUAUAGAGAAAUUAAAUAAGCUCCUUUUAAAAUCACACCCACAACCACAAUCUGUUUUAAGCUUCUCUGAGUAACCUUUGGUUUGUGUUGAUUUUGGCGGCCCCUUGUGGACACAGCAGUCUGUCAUAUCUUGUCUUGUGUGUAUUUAAAUAGUGUCUUAGUGUAUUUUUUUAGGGCUCGAGUACUGAAUAUUUUAGUAAUCGAGUAUUCUACCGAAUAUUCCAUCGAUUAAUCAAGCGAUCAGAUAAAACUCAAAUUUUUUUAGUUAAAGUGCAGUUACUGCGGAACAAUCACAGAGCAAGCGUGUGCGGUAGCGGAUUGUAGUGUUCAUAAAAAAGCUAAUUAUUAUAUUAGCUUUCAUCAUGUCCCUAAAGACAUUAGUGUCUGAGAGCUGAAUAGCUUCUGUUACCUGCUACUUCUACUACACUGGCAAUAUAAGGCUACAAGCUAACGUGAGGAGGAGUGUACAGAGCAGCGCUGUCUCUGCCCACGACUCAUAGGUGAAUUGCAAAUGAGCUACUAGAGCUCUGCAGAUGAAAAGCCCCUCUCAGCAUUAAUUUUUUUAAACCCAAAUUGCGCUUACUCCUUCCUUCUACCAUGGUGACGCAAGCACAUUGUCACCUUGGAGGUAAUCUGUGCAAAACAGUGACGAUUUGAGCUUCUAAAUGAGUACUCAAGGAAUCGCUUAAGCCCUAGAUUUUUUACCUUUUCUCACACCUGUCAAUCACGAUCAGGUGUUUAAACACAGACAGGCAAAUAGAGACAGGUACUGGUACAAACACCUGUUACAACAUUAGUACCACUCUCUGAUUGGCCACAUUAAUUAGUUUAGAGGAGGAACACAUCUGUACUAAACAUGAUUGCUUUUAUUAUAAGAGUAGUUUAUGAACAGCAGUGCACAGAAUGUAAAUACCUCAAAGUUUUAUCAAAUAGUAAAACUGAAGGCUGGAUAACAUCAAGGUAACAAAAAAACUUAUAAUAAAUUGAGAAAAUUAACUUUUCAAAUGUAAAAAUAGAAGUCAUACUGGCCACCUACUGUGGAUUAUUAUAAAUUAUUUUAUGUCUUAUUUCAAACAGUAAAAUAUUAUUAAAUCAGUUAGCAUGUAAGAACCUGCCCACAGCACCAAAAAUACUAACAAAUGGUUUGCUGGCCAUGGUAAUAUUGAGUGUGAAUGGACAGCCAACUCAUCCGCUCUUAAUCAUAUAGAGGAUCUGAAGGAUCACCAAGAGGACGAUGAGAAACAUCCAACCCAAAAUACAGACCAGCUGGAGCUGCUAUCAGAAAAACCUAGGUCAAGUAAGGCUUCAGCAGAGCUACAUGCUCGUCACCUUGUUCACUAGUUCACUAUCGUAGCCAUAGCUAUCUUUUAAAUCAGACUCCCACAGAAAGUAACACAUUGGUUUAUGAGCAGGACACAUUUUUUUUGUUUCUAAAACUGUCCUGGAAAAUUAUGUCUAAAAAAGAGAGGGAACCCUGCAAAAUUUAAAAUAGUGAGAACAUGCUAAAGCUCAUUGUAACACAGUUAAACAAAUGAAGAUGAGUUUGAUUCAGCUGCAGCAGACUGUUCUAAUACACACUGUACUUGCUCAUGCAUUUUAAAGCUUUUAUUUUUCAGAGCUGAGUGAAUCUUAAUGUUUCAGCGCAUCAGCUGUCUGUCUGUCUGUCUGUCUGUCUGUCAGGGGAGAACAGUCAGGAGCAGUUAGAGCGGGAACAGAGAGCGUGUCUGUGAUGCAGAAACAUGGAUUAUAGAUCAACGCAUCUCAUUCCCGCUUCCUGCUACAUGUCCAGAGUGACUCUGUGAAGUUUUCCUGCGAUGCUCUCCCUCUUCUGAAAACAUGAGACACUUUUAAAAAAAAGUUUUUCAUCAAAGAUCUUCAAAAAACACAAGUGCACAGCUUGCUGCAGCGUAACAAUGUGUGUUCUGCAACAAAAACCCAAAGAGGAAAGUUGAUGAUGAUGAUAAUGAUGAUGUACUUUUCUGUGUUUCUUGCAGAGACAAGCAUCUGGAGCUACAACUGGAAACAGCAAGCCAUCUGCUGGCCAAGGUAUCAUUUACUAACUGUAAUGUUCAGUCAACAUAAUACAAAACAGGACUGAUUUAUUCAAAACAAAGCCUGUGAAGUGCACAGUCAGUAUUUCAUAUAAGGAAGUACAAAAGUGAAUGUGAAAUAUUCAAAGGUUUGAAAAAAAAAAAAAAAAGCACCAAGCAGGUAAAAUCAAAUAAAAAUAAAAAAUCUCAGACCUCAAAGAUACUGCCAAAGUACAAAAAGUAGCAUUAAAAUGGUGUCAUAGCUCCUGAGUCACCAAACCCUGAACCCGAGUCAUGUGUGGAGUUCAACAUCUGUUAAACUAAGGGAAGCUGAAACUAACAGUCCGCUGUGGUCGGCAGCAGAUGGUGACCUAGCAUGUUCAAGGUUCAAAAGUAGCUAGGCAAAAGCCACUUCUUUUUCUGAUGUUUGACCAUGUAGUAAUCUUUCUUCAGUUCUGUUCAUGUGACCAGACUUAUUAUUACAUUGUGUGUGUAAAGAAACCCACAUCCUGUAGUCAGUUUACUGCAGACUUGGAUGGGUUGAGUUUUACAUAGAAAAAAACAUCUUAAUGGAAGAUCAAAGAUCCUGUUGAGUCCUUCAGAGGAUCUACAAUUAAAAUAGUAUUUAGUUAUUAAAACUAGUUUACCUGUCUAAGUUCUUUUCUAUCCUUAAAAUGUUGCAUCAUUUCGAUAACUAUAUUUUCACAAAAUUAUGACAUGAGAUAUUAGAUAGCAUUCUUGGUAGAGCCAGGCAUUCAAUCAUAUUUUAACUCUGGCUUCCUGUGAUUAUAAAAACAAGAUUAAAUUCCAGAUUAAAAAUAUUGCUGUGCUGCUCAUUUUGUCCUAUUUGGCACAAUUUCCCUCCCAUCCCUCGCAGUAGAGCGUGUGGGCUAAAAUACAUCAUUAUCAGGAGCUCGGAUCGAUAAGCAGCAAGGGUUUGGGAGUGCAAAGAUGUUGUUUCAAAAUGUGUCAAGUGGGGAGCUGCUGUGGGGGGCUGAAGGAGCAGGUGUGUGUGUUAGUAAAGCAGAGGGAUGGAGUGAGCAGAGAAGAGAGUGUGUAUUAAUGAAGUUUGAAAAGUGUAUUAGAAGAUGGCAGCCAGAAGAGCUGCAUUAGGGAGAAUCAAAGUGUUCAGGAUAUUCAGAUAUCAGUAUAUUUAAGUUUAAUUAAUACAUUAGAUUUAGAUGUUUCCAGAUUUACAAGUAAGUAUCAGGAUCUCAAUCUAGAUAAGAAUAAUCUGGAGUAUAGUUUAUGGCAAUUGAGCAGCCAUAACAGCAGGUUAAGUAUGUGUUUUUUUUAUUAGUAACACCAUGACACUGUGGUUUUGGCUGUGGCCAGUUUCCUCUGCUUUGUCAUGGAUACAAAAGAAGACCUACUUUUUAAACUGGGCCAUGAUAGUGUUGGCAUGAUGCUGUAAUUCAGAUCCCUUGAGUUAUGAACAGUAAGAUUUGGCUUGCAGAACUUGGCAGGAUCCUUUUAAAUUUAUAAAUAGUGGUAAGUGGUAGAGCUGUCUUCUUGGCUAAAUGGGUAUAAGCAAGAACAAAGCCGUUUUUCAAAUGAGCCCCAGACCAGCAGCUCAGGGGAGAGGAGUGUGAAUUAGUCUGACACUUUCUCUGAGACCUGCAGUAUUAACAGUUGCUAUCCAAGCUUUGAAAAUAGUCUUAGAUGUUAUCAUAAAUACACAGUACAUUUAGCAGGCUGUGUGGAGUUAUUGGGGUGCCUUGUUCCAGCCAUUUGUGCAGACAUCUCUCUCAGCAGUGUUAUUGGAGUCUGAACUCUCGCAAAAGUAGGUUUCAUUUAUGGCAGCAAAGGAACGACUGACAGUAAUCUUGUCCGUUCCUCAGAGUUCUCCGAACACGGUGGAUGCUGCAGGUUAAUAGCAGCACAUUUUCUGUAUAAUGGCUCCCUGGCCUCAUUCAGCAGCUCUCUGUACCUGGAGACCUGGUGUCACCUCUCUUGUCUCUCUGGUGCGGCUGAUAACACCGUAAGAGCGAGCUGAAAAGGAUUUCUGUCCCAACUUCUGGGGUGAUGAAGUGUAUCAAGGCUCAGCCUCAGCCCGGGGGGGAAACAUCCAGGCGCUGAUCAGGAGGGAUUUAAGGCACAUAAUUGAAUUUGAUAAAGGUGUGAAUUGCAUUCAUUUGCACACUCUAACACGUUUUACAUCUGCUCAUUUUCAGCAACUGUAUAGGUGCGAAAAGCUCUAGACGGGGGGCUGAACUAUGUCCGCCUUUUGAAUGACAUAAUAGACUUUAUACACUGUAUGAGAAGAAAGGAGCUGCUGGGAUGUGACCUCUUGAUUUGGGACCACAUUUAGAUUCGUGGUCAACCAGUCAAUCAGUCAAGUAGUUUCUAUUUAUGUCAAAUGUUCACAACAGGUCUAGAUUGUACCCUUUAUCUAGACCUCUAUUUGCGCUGCUGAGUUGAAGUCCUCCAUCCAGAACCAGUUUAGAAGCAGUCUUAGGCAAGUUUUACAUAGCUGAUAUGAAGAUGGCUGCUUGAGUUCCUGUAGCCAGAAUAGUUCAGCCAUAAAGUGUCAUUAAAUAUUCUUGCACAUUAAUCACCCAUUACUCACAGUAGCCUGGUUGUUGUACCAAUACAGGACUGGUUCUAAGGGUUAGGUCUGUAGUAAACAGGUCCUUUAUUUCCAGCUUCUCUCACACUCAACUUUAUCUGGGUCUCACUCCCAGGUUUAUAAACCGCCAGUAAUUGGUUUACUUUUGAAAAAAUGUCACAAUCUGAUUAUGACUAUUAUGCUGUUUUAGUUAGGUACAAUUUUCUUUACACCAUGUAAUUAUAAUGUUAUCACACUGGGUUGUAAAUGGUUGAAAACAGGUUUAUGGUUCUGCUUUUAAAAAAAACGAAAUCAAGAAGAUAUCCACUGCCUGGUGUGAGGGCCACAUCAAGAGAAUAGGAUAGUGAAAAGAAAGUCAUUAUGAUAUGAGAUAAAAGUCAUUAUAUUAUAUAUCAAAGUCAUAUUAGGAGGUGAUGUUUCGAUCGUAAAGUCGUUAUGUAGUGGGUAUUAAGUUGUUAACCUCGUCAAUGAUUAACUGCAUGAUACUACUCUGAAGGGAGAAACAACAUGUCUCAGCUUUUUGUACAGUCUUUUCAGAGUCCUGAUACUACAAACAUUGUGGUGGAGAAUUUCAUUAUUUGCAAAAAACUGACUACACUCAAAUUUUUUUUAGUAAGAUUUUUUUUUUUUCAUAAAAUAAUGUCUUUGUAACUGCUUUAUUCUCACCAGAGCCUGACUUUAUUCUUGUAACAUUAUGGGCUCUAUUUUCGUGCCUCGCAGGCGUCGUGGUGCAGGCCCGGUGUAAGUCAGGUCCGCCAGAAUAUUAGUUGUUGUUGAUUAUUUAUUGCACUGACACUGUGGAAACCUGCCUGUGAAGCACCCUGUUGCAUACGCCGCAGGUCUACCAAAAUACCACUAGACCAGCUGCGCUCUGCCUGCGCUGAAUGCUGACCAGGUUUGAAUUGGCGAGCUUUCAGCACACUUUAUACGCCGCUGGCAAGCACGAAAAUGUCACUGCGCCAGCUGAUUCUGUUGACACCUCCCCCUGCCGCGCCACCAUGCCCAGCUUGGCGGACCUCGGUGCGCCUCAGUCCACGAAAAUACCACACUGGCUGUACGCCGGGCUCUGCCAGACGAAAAUACCACUGCGCAGGGUCCGCCACCCUCUGCCGUGUCGCCGGCAGGCAUGAAAAUAGAGCCCUAUGACUUUAUUUUCUUUCGUACAUUUUCAUAAAAUAACAAAUUUAUUCUCAAUAUAUUUUGACUCUACUACAAAAUAUACUGCCAUUAGAUUAUGACUUUGUCCUUGAAGACAUAAUUACUUUAUUUUUUGGGGGGCUUUUUUUCUAGUGACAGUACAACUGUAUUUUGUUGUUUUAAUGCUCAUAACAAUAUCUUACAACACAAUUCUUAAAACAUGCUGACCUCAAUCCUUAGGACCUCAUUCUUUUAACAGUACAACUCUAUUUUCUUGUGAAUAUAUCCUUGUAAAAAAAUUGUUUUCAUAGUCUUUUUUCCUAUAACAUCUUAUGAUGUAAUCCUCUUAAAGGUAGGGUUGUUAAUCUGAUUCAUAUACCCUUUUUGUUAUUCUGGUUAAAAUGAUCUUUAUGUUCAAUACAUGCAAUCAAUACAUGUUGUGUUCUUAAAAAAAAGAGCAAAAUAUAGCCUCUAUCUUCAGCAGGAGUGAAACUGGGAAAACACCAACCAAUCACAUCGUGUUGGUCCCACAUUUUUAAACUCAUCAAAUCCCAUGCUUGCCUCCUGAGCGCACAUGUCGGCGACAUGCACUGGCCCUGAUUCAAUGCUCAUAGCCGAGCUGAAAGGGAUACAGCUAUGCUUGAGAAUGGCAGAGAAACUACCAAUACUGAUUAAUGGUGACCGCUCCUGCAAAAAAAGAGCAAAGAAAGAAAGACAGAGGCAGAGAAGGCCGAAGCAAGACAGAGUUUAGAGAAAGCAAGGGCGAAAACGAAAGUCAACAUCCCGAUGCUAACGUUACCUUCUUUUACCCUGUUGUGCAAAGACUUUCCAAUUUAAAGUCCCAAAUUUGAGUCUGUGGUUUUGAAUCAGCUGGCAGCAGCGCCCGUGCAUGGGAUCAGGGGCAUUGUUUUGGAGGAGUUCUAAGGGGAGGGGGGAGUGACUAGACGAAGUCCUGAGGAGAUGCUACAUUCAAAUUGUAGUUUGCUCGUUUGCCGUGAUUACAACCCUACCUCUAAUAUUUAGACGUAUGUUUUAAUAUUUAGCAAAACCUUAUUUUUAAAAACGUUUUUCUUGCAUUAUAACAGUUUUAUUCUGUUCAAACAAAGUUAUUUUUGCACUUAUGUUCUUUCAUCCAUAAUAAUUGGAAUUAAGAUUAUGGUGAAAACAAGUUUUUCUGCAAAUAGUGUUAACAAAGUUGCACACCCUUAUACUGUUCUCCAUUUUCCUUGUCCAAGUGUGGAAACCCCUUUGAAGAUCAUCAGGUCUGCAUGUAUACCGAGAGCCUUUUCCUUUAGAGACUGCACCUUUCAUAAAAGUAGAAUAGAUGUCCUUUUUUAUUGACUGUUGUUUUUGAGUCUUGUGGUUUCAGAGUCUCUGCUGGUCGUCUUAGGUCACCUUUCUGUGGUGUGGUUUCUCGGUAUUCCUCAGACUGAACCUUCAUCAAUCAUUGCUGCACACUCUGAGGUUCCUCUGAAUCUCACAGGAACCAAUUUGAACAUGACCUUUCACAAACCUCCUAUGGAAUUAUUCCCAUCAUCCAUUGUGGCGUUUUGUUUUCUUCGUGCUGCAGCGCAACACAUAACUGAAGCUUUGCUGCGCCGGGCUCAUAAAGUCUUACGUCCUCUGUGGCAUAAAGGGCAUGGAGCCUGUGGAGAGGGUGUGAAUUCAGAGGAGCAGCUGUGUGUAUGUGUGUGUGUGUGAGCGAGAGAAAGAAACAGAAAGGUUUGUGUGACUCCUGCAAUCAUGAAAUAUAAAUUUGUUUCUGCUGUCACAUGUGUCAUCAAAGGGCUGCAGGGUCAACAAAAGGUCCCGUCUAAGCGUAAGUAGGACGUUUAGAAAAGUCUUCAUUAACGCUCGAGCACAAACAUGGCACAGCAGGUCAGCACAGUCACGCACGAAGCACCAAACUGCAUGAUGAAUAUGCUGCUUUAAUAAACAACCCACUGUGUCACCUCCCAUUACACUGAGCCUUUUCACUCACUUUAGCACGUCUCGCCUCUGCUGUACCUGUGCUGCUUUAUGCAGUUGGCACUAACUUAACUGCACUCUCCACGCUACACCUGCUUUUCUUCACCUCAGCAUGGAGAAUGGAUUUUUACCGCCUGUGAUUAAAAAAAAAAAAACUGAACAGUGUUUCUUCUUCUUUCAAUUAAAAAUGACUCACUCUGUUCACACGGGACAAAUAAAGAGAGUCAGUGUUUAAAAAAGAAUGAAAUGUACAAGCUUAUAUGUCAGUAGAAUUUCAGAAGUGACUAAGUCUGUUUGUGAAGGACCUUGGGACGCGCCGAUGUGAUCCUUAAAUCAGAUCCUGACUCAAAUAGAUAGGUAUUCAUAGUUUUCAGUCACAUGACCAGGAAAGAGGCCCAGAGGGGAAAAAAUAUGGCAGCCUCCAGUGGACCAAAACAUUGGGCUUUUUAACAGUCCCCUUCACAAUGAGGUGCAUUCACUUCCUGUAGCAACCACAGAAAAAUGGUGAUAUGAAGAGAAACUGUCAGUUUGAAGCAUUUGCAACUAGGGAUGGUGAUCGAACAAAGUUAUUGACGUUAACAGGUUGUAAACUUCACAAAGAUGAAUUCUGGUGGUUAGUUGCACAUGACGAUGGCUAAACGUGUGGAGAGGUUCAAGGCGUGGCUGUACUUUAACAAAAAUAAAGACAGAGAUAAAGCAAAAUGGGAUUUAUGUUGCAGAAUAAUUUCUUGCAAGGUGGGAACACACUUCCAUGACCAACCAAAUCAGCACUGUGCAUCAAAUCAAGCCCAAACUCAGAACCUUUGAUUUUGUGUGUCUUGAAACAACUUGGUUAACUCUGAGUGCAGCUGCUGCUGCUGCUGCAGGGCUGCCAUCCUUCUCUUCAGCCGAAGCAGCCGGGGUAAACACAGCCAGACUUUGGAACAAGUCCUGUUAGUUCAAAAUCAUAAUCCAGUGUUGACAUCAGUUAGCCAACUAACCAAGGUGAAGUACGAUUACAUUGUGAAGUGUUCAAGGAGGGGUCUGUAAAAUGAGAAUUGACCAUAAGUGAAUAAUACUUUUGUAUGAAAUAUUCUAAUGUUUUUUAACAUUAGAAAACAUUUAAACAUAAAAUUGUUGCUGGUGAUUUCAUGUCAUUACUCUGCAAUACCAGUUAUACUGCCACCUUGUCUUUCCUGCAAAUAGCAGCAAAAAAAAAAGAAAAAAAAAAACCCUCAGUGGUUUGGUGGUGGUAUGAUCAGGACUUAAAUUAUUGAGGAGGCUCAGUAAAGGUGUCAGUAUCAAUAAAAAUCAAUGAUCCUCAUCCAUACUCUUUUAUACCUGGUGGCCUUUGGGCUAAAGACUUCAUUAUUGAUAUCUCUUUUCAUCCCACAUGUGAAGCCUUGUUCGCUGUCUUUAAAAGCACUAUUUAGCUUUAGUUUUCAAUCGUUUAGAUAUGUAGAGCUUUGACAUUCACCUGUUGUCCUGUUUAACAAUACACUAGUUAAAAAUACACGAGAAAACCAGAUGUUGCCUCAUAAGAAUAAUUAAUGGCCUUUCAUCACUGUGAGACAUCUAUGUUACUAUGCUAACGGCAGAAUCAGCUGGUACUUGUUGCAGCCAUAAGCGUAGGCAUCGGUUUUGAAACUAGACUUACAAAGUCAGAUCUGUGUGUCCUUAAAAAGGCCUAUUUCUUUUUAUUAGCCCCGUAAGCAAUAUUUCUUUAUGCCAGACUUUAAUAAGGUCAGUCCUUUGCUUCUAAAAAAUGGCUGUAAAACCUGAAACAAUAUCAUGUCCUUUUUGCUCAUAUCAUAACUCAGUUUAUCAUUGGAUUUAUUCCUCUUUCCUUCACCAGCCUUCCUUCCCAGGGCACACACUCUCACUGCCCUAAAGUUCUGUGUUUAGUAGCCGUUCACACUCAAUAACAGAGGUAUUUUUUCUCUGAUCAGGAUGUCAAUAAAGAUGGAAAUAAGAAAACAUUUAUGCUUAGUUAUCCAUCUAGCCUUUCUUUUGGAGCUUUCAAGUGCUAGACAUAAAGAUUGACUGUACAGCUCCUGUUGAUCUGUUUUAAAUUCAGUUAAAAACCUUUUUGCUGUUUUAGAGAAGAGCUGAAAAUAACCAGAGGUUUGCAGACAGGUCUGUCUGUGUAGAUGAGGGGCUGCUCUAAAACCAAACACUGAUCAAAACAGGAACUUUAUAUAACCACAGUGUCAUGCCUCAUAAAUAAUGAGUAAUCUAUGAGAGACUGUUUCUAGACUUUUGUUUAGGUCACUGACUUUUGAAGCUGUCACAGUAAAUAUAAAAUUAAUCAAAGUAACCCCUAUCAUGCUGUUAUCUUCAUAAAAAAAAAUGUUUUAUUUGUAACAUCCAUGGUUAUGCAACCAAACCUGUUGGUUCAUGGUUACACCUGCUCAACAAGUCAGCAGGGGUGCAGACUUGUUGUUGGAGGGUUUAUCAGCCCACUCCCACUUCACCCUCAGUGGUUUUGGACAGCCCUCCAUGUGGCGGCCCUCCAUGUGAAUGUGCAAACCCAGUACAGCGUGUGUAGAGAGGGUGUAUGAAGUGGUUUUAGAAGGAUCCAGAGUCUCUCAGAGUGCGUCACCCAACACUAUUACAGCUAAUUAGCAACAGGUACCAUUAGCACUCCAAACCGCAGCCUCUGACAGCAGCUGUGACUCCUCCGUGUCCACAGGAAAACUUUUCUACUUUGUUUAAGCCUGUAACAAAAAACUCACCAUGUCAACAUGCUCACUCUGACUGUGAUUACAGUCUUCACUAUAUUCACCUCCUCAGUUCAGAGUGUUAGCAUACUACCAUAAAUGUUCAUCAGUGGUCCUUUUGAUGAUACAAUGAUGGGCCCAAAUACACUGACAACAAAAACUCAGACAAAUAGAGGCUGAGGCCAGAUUGUAUGUUCCUUAACAUCAAAGUGAGCAAAGCCAGGCUUGAAGUCAACAAGUCAGAGGUUUUUAGAGCUCAUUAUGGAGCUAGAAAACCAUUGAUUCUGUAUUUACUGUGGGAAGAAGUAAUGGGUCUCAUGACUUCAGCUGUCCAGCAGCACUGCUAAGAGUAAAAACUGCAGAUUUAGACACUAACUAUAAGUGUGAUGCCAGUUUUUUUUUUAAAAUAUAUAUGUUUAUUUUUUUGUUUUGGCAUUGUUGCAUUUAUUGGAAAUGACAGAAUAUGGGGAGUUUAAAACAGGGGAAGACAUGCUGCAAACCCACCCAGCAAAAAGUGGUUGCAAAGACGUUGAAAAGAUGUCUUCACCAUACGUCUAAACAACGUCUAGAUUCGGAUCGUCUAAAUAAGGCCCAGUUUUCAACAUCUUUUUUAGGGCUAAACUAUGGCCAUGACAGGUCGACGUGAUUUAGCCUGAAAAAAUACAUCUGAAUGAUGUUGGGUGUUUGGUGGGAGGGGUUAAGGCUGGGAGUUGACUAGCUGCCGCUGCAAUGACUAUAGCCUCAAUACAUGGUGCACUUCAAUCGAUAGCACUCCAUGACGCAGAUUCCUUUGGUGGACUGAUUAAGAAGACAGGAAAAGUUUUGACCUAAAAGACUUUCUAUUGACCACAUCUGGACUUAAAUAUUUUGACUUUUUGGGAGCUAAAACUAAACUGAGACUUAAGCAAAAAUGACUUAAGUGUGACGAACACUAAAAGGUCUUUCAGUCCAAAGACUAAGACCAAAGCUAGAAUAGCUGCCAAAAUAAACACUGCAGCACUGUAAUGAAAAUAUUGGACAAUCAGCUAUAGAUUAAGCUGGAUGUGCCUGCUAAGCAGUAAGAGGGUCCCCUGCACUCUGCUCAAUUAAUUUUACCCAUAAAACACAUAAAAGAGUUCCAGUUCAUGCGGCACAUCUCACUCGUAGAGGUCCAUUAAGCUGCUGGCUUAGAUCAGUCCUGCUCUCCUCUCACCUUUCCUCUCUGCUCCCCUCAGAUGAGAAGAAGAACAACCUCCCGGAGGACUUUGACAUCGACAUGGAGGACCCGGAGACCGAGAAGGCUGCCGUGGCCAUCCAGUCCCAGUUCAGGAAAUUCCAGAAAAAGAAGCAGGACGUGAAGUCGUAGAGCGGACAACAGUCAGCUGGGUCCUCACUCCAUUCGUGGGACGAAUCUUGCAUGUCAAUCAAACUGCACCGUCAUGAACUGAAAAGGAGGGGCUUGGGGUAACUAAAGGUGGAAGUCAGGGGGGGUGGGAGGAGGGGGCGUGAAUAGUAUCUCUGUGAAAGUUUGUGUGUAAUUACUUACUUAAAAUAUCAAUAAUAUUUAAGAAUUUAUCAAACUCUGAAUGUGUGUAUUUAAAUCUUACCUUUUAUUUUGCUUUUCUGAUCUUCAAUGACACAUCACAGCUGAGCAGCUUAAGAGCUUCAAGUUUGUCCCACCAAACACUCAGUGUAAUAUACCCAUGUUACAACAAAGUGAAAAACAUCUUCUCAUUCACUGUCAAACUCUCUUUAAUUCAGGAGGAAUAUAAAGCCACAUGCAUUUCUGUGAUUAAUCCAAACAUGUCUCUGCUCCUCUGGGCGUCUGUUAAAAGCAUCUCCCUCUGACUGAGUAAAAUGAUCCCACACGGUUAGCAGUGCUUUCUUUCUAAACGGCUGUUGCUUUAUAAUCUAAUCAGUGUGUAAUUUGUAUCUCCACGUCAGAGGUCUCCCCUCUGUGGUGUCUAUUUUCAUCAGAAGACACAAUCCCCUCUGAGCUGUGUGAUACUGUUUGAUUCGUAGAUGUCGUGAUCGUGAUUUGAUUCCUCUCGUGUUUUUCUUCUGUAAAUCCUGUGAUUUAAACUUUGUUAUCGUUCCGUUUGCUCACUCUUAAAUAUACGUAUAUUCUGUACAAGCACAUUCAAUUAUGCAUGCAAGCUUGCAGAGAUGGACACACACACACACACACACACACACACACACACACACACACACACACACAUGCAUUUACUAACAGAGAAUAAAUAAAGAUAUUGGAAAGGAGUGAAAA